CUUGGCUGACCAGGUAAAUAGGCAAAAACUGGGCGUACAAUUCGCCGGCGUUAGAGCGCCUAUAUAUAGAGGCGUAAUUAUACGCCCUCCGGUCAAGGGUUAACGGUAAAGGCCACCUUUGUUAGCGAGGCGGGGACAUAGUGUGGCCCUAAAUAAAAAUGGGGGGGCCUAUUUUCCCAUGCUGUGUAAUUUGACUCCAAACACUGACUGGUUGCUUUCUUUUUGAAAGCAACAAAUCAGAAAGGUUAUGAGUCAGAAUUACACAGCAAUGCUCUAAAAAACUACUCAGAGGAUUUAAAGCCAAAGUGCUUACCUGUCAGUCUCUACAUUUAUCUGUCAGAGCACUCUGAUUGGUUGGCUUAAACCAACCAAUCAGUGGCAUCUGAGCCUAAUUGGGACAUGGGAGACUUUAUCAGCCUUUCCUGCCUGUACCUGCUGUGCUAAGAUAGGUUUUAGUCUGGUUUUUCUUUUUGUGAUUUUUUAUAGCUCUUUUUAUUUUAUUUUAUUAGUUAAACGGGCAUUAUGCUUUUUAUUUAGCCUUUUUUAGGCCUGAAAAAAGGUUUUAGAAAGCAUCAAAUGGCAAGUAUUUUAUUUAUUUAUUGAAGUUGCCUGGGUCUUGGGGAGGAUUUUGCAGUUGCUUUACCCGGGUGAGGAGGAAGGACAACAGGUCUCCCCCCAUUUCAUUUAGGGCCCCACCGCCACCUAUGGAUGGGGGUGGUGAAGGACAAUGGGUCCCGCCUCAUUUUCAUUCAGGGCCCCUACCCGCCCAUGGCUGACCCCAUUUGGAUACGUAGCUCCCACUCCUGCGGGGGCGGCUGGGGGCUCGAGGGGGGACCCACUAGUUAAUAGAUGCCGCCAUUUUAGAAAGGGAGGAAUUACAACAGUGAGCAGCCACACUGCUCACUGUUUACUAGACAUGCCCCUACUCGCCAUGCAAAUUAAUUACUAAUACGAGGUAAUUUUACUUGGUAUUAGUAAAGUUGGCUGAAAGACCAAUUUAGGUCUUUUAGCCUUUUGGUAGAUAGCUCCCUAAUACCGAACAAAACUCGAACUUUUUCAUGAAAUUUCGAACCGAACAAAAGUCCUGAAUUUCGUCCCAACAGGAAUGGACGAACUGCUCUCAUUCUGUUAAAACGAAAUUUGUAGUUUUGCCGGCGUUCGGCAAUACGGAAAGGAGGCAUCGCUAGAAUACGGAGGAAAGGUGAGAAUUGUAGGAACCGCUUUGUCUUAUGUUUUAAAGAAAACUAGAGCAGACAGGAAGAAAUGAAGAACAGAUCCUGACAGAGGGAGAGAACACAGAAACAUAGAAUGUGACGGCAGAUAAGAACCAUUCGGCCCAUCUAGUCUGCACAAUUUUCUAAAGACUUUCAUUAGUCCCUAGCCUUAUCUUACAGUUAGGAUAGCCUUAUGCCUAUCCCACGCAUGCUUAAACUCCUUUACUGUGUUAACCUCUACCACUUCAACUGGAAGGCUAUUCCAUGCAUCCACUACCCUCUCAGUAAAGUAAUACUUCCUGAUAUUAUUUUUAAACCUUUGUCCCUCUAAUUUAAGACUAUGUCCUCUUGUUGUGGUAGUUUUCCUUCUUUUAAAUAUAGUCUCCUCCUUUACUGUGUUGAUUCCCUUUAUAUAUUUAAAUGUUUCUAAAAUAUCCCCCGGUCUCGUCUUGCCUCCAAGCUAUACAUGUUAAGAUCCUUUAACCUUUCCUGGUAAGCUUUAUCCCGCAAUCCAUGAACCAGUUUAGUAGCCCUUCUCUGAACCCUCUCUAAGGUAUCAAUAAUAGAAAGAGUAAUCAAUUGGGGAAAGGUAAUUUUGGCAAGAAAGUGCCGCUUUAAAAGAACACAACUUGCACCCAGAGCACUUCAUCUCAACUAAGUGAUAUGUGUGAGGAAAGGUGAGGAAACUCACCUUUCUAACCCUGCCAAAAGGGGCCAGUAACCGAAACGAUAACUAGGGCACUAUAGUAUUAGGAAUACACAUUUGUAUUUCUAACCCUAUAGUGUUCCUUUUAGAUAAUUUUAGUAUAAGAGGUAUUCACUAUUGGAAAAUAUUGGAAUUUCACAGUGAAUUUCAAAGUUUACACAAAAAUAGCCAAACUUAAAAUCACAACAGACAGAAUCUUUAAAAUGUUGUUAUAAUCGGUUUAAACUUGAACUACACUUUCUUUCAAAUUUCUUAAAGUUUACAGUUCAGUAAAUAGCCACAGAUAACUUUAUCAAGAAUAGCACAAAUUCUUAUGGCAGACACAGCAUUAGGAUUUUGAAAAGUUGAGUAAUGACCAGCUGAAUGUGACUGCACCACUUUUAGUGUGAUACAUCUCUCCCAGUGUCUCUUUUAAAGGAAAGAUUUAGUGUUAGGAAUACAAAUAUGUAUUUCUCUGCCCCCUUGGCACUGCAAAGGGUUAAAUAACUUAUGCUGGGUCCAGCUCUGCCUGCUCCAACAGCAGUUGGGGGUACUAAUGCGCAUGUGCUAAAAGCAAUAGGCAUUCCCCAUAGGAAAGCAUUGCCUCAUAGGGUCAGGAACACAAACAUUCCUGACCCUAUAGUGUUAAAACCACCAUCUACUCCCCCUGGUCCACCCCUUGCCUCCCUAAAAAUGGUUAAAACUUACAUGUAUUCAAGUCUUCAGUUGCUGCUUCACCCCUGAUCUGUCUGCUUGGCUGACAUCAUCAGAAGUGAUUCUCUGAGGCAAUCACAAUGCUUUCCCAUAGGAUUGACGGAGACUGUAAAGGAGGCAGAUCAGGGACAGCCCAGCACAAGUCAAGCACAGCUCUAGCCAAUUAGCAUCUCCUCAUAGAGAUGUAUUGAAUCAAUGCAUCUCUAUGAGGAAAGUUUAGUGUCUACAUGCAGAGGGAGGAGAUACUGAAUGACAGUGUGCAGCCCCAGGAAGCACCUCUAGCAGCUAUCUGAGGAGUGGCCAGUGGAGUUAUCACUAUUUUGUAAAAUAAACACUGCAUUUUCUCUGAAAAGACAGAGUUUACAGCAAGACUUCUUUAGGGAAUGAUUAUAAUCAUCAGAACAAAUGCAAUAAACUGUUGUUCUGGUAACUAUAGUGUUCCUUUAAUAUUUACUGUAGGAAAUGAUAACUUCAUGAAUAUUUCCUAUCUAUACAAAACCUACUGCCCGUCAUAAAGGAUAAAUCUCCAGUUUGGCACAGUUAGCAUUCAUUUUCAACUCCCUGUUCAAUUCUUUAUUACAUAUCUCAAUGGCAAGAAUAGCCUGUUUUCUAGAACUACUUCCCUCUUUAUGGUUUCACAGACACAGUUUGAGCAUUGCUGCAUUAGGGUGACAGACUCAGCACCCAGUCCAAUCCUUCCAGGAUUGCCAAGUAAACCUCUUAUCGGGAGGACAUGCACAAUAAGUAAAUAAUUAGUCAUUACAUGAACAGAAACUCUCUGUAGAGCCCCCUGUACAAUGAUAAUGUAAAUAAUAAGCAAUGGGAGCCAAGGGCAGUGUGUGCAGAUAAUACAGCUAUCACUGGGCUUCAAUCCCCCGAUAUAUAAUAACAUUAACCCACAUUAACCCUCACCUCUCCUCCCUCUGCUCACUGGCUGCAGCUUCCUCCCGGAAAAGUCUUCCAGUGACAUAUCCCUUCCGGGUGACCGCCCAGCCACGCCCACCCCGGCAACAGCCACGCCCACCCCGGCUGCUGUCUGUCUGCAGGACUAGGUAGUGACGUGGCGCCGUGCGCUGUCCACCCAGCCGUGACGUCAUCACAGCUGGCUGCUGCCUCCGGAGCUCCUGGCCGCACAGCUGGAAGGUGUAGACACCCUGCACGGACAUCACCUACCGGUACUGGGUGUAGAUAUCACGGAACACGCUGUGCUUAUCCUGCUCAGUGUACAGGUUUAUAAAUCAUAAUAAUAAUAAUAUAAAUCAGUGGACACCGGGGGCUAGGACCCCACAUUACGGAUUAUUACUGUCACUUUGCUGGGAGUUGUAUUGAGACAUGCCUUGAGAUAGCUCUCCUGGCUCUGUAUAGUCAGCAUUACUGCUGCUGGUUGGGUUUGACUGGAUACUAAACUUUGAACAUGUAUCUCCUGAAUUAUAAAAUUGUAAUCUCACUUCAGGCGUUUAGCUUUAUAGUUACCCUGUAUCACUUAUCCACUGCUGCCUGUGCCUUAAAGGACCACUAUAGGCACCCAGACCACUUCAGCUUAAUGAAGUGGUCUGGGUGCCAGGUCCAGCUAGGGUUAACCCUUUUUUCUAUAAACAGCAGUUUCAGAGAAACUGCUAUGUUUAUGUUAGGGUUAAUCCAGCCUCUAGUGGCUGUCUGUUGACAGCCACUAGAGGGCUUCAGCAUUUCUCACUGUGAAAAUCACAGUGAGAAGACGCCAGCGUCAAUAGGAAAGCAUUGAAAAUGCUUUCCUAUGGACUGGCUGAAUGUGCGCGCACCUCCUGCCAUGCAUGUGCAUUCAGCCGAAGAGGAGGAGAAGAGGGAGGUGAGGAGGAGGAGAGCUCCCUGCCCGGCGCUGGAGAAAGAGGUAAGUUUAACCCCUUCCUCCCCCCAGAGCCCGACGGGAGGGGGAACCUGAGGGUGGGGGCACCCUCAGGGCACUAUAGUGCCAGGAAAAAGAGUAUGUUUUCCUGGCACUAUAGUGGUUCUUUAACUCGUUACAAAGCUGAAGUGGGAAAGAUUAAAAUAAAUGAUGUAUCAAUGGGCUAUGUAGAACAUCUGGUCUUUCCUCCCUCAAGUGUUGCUAGUCCCGUGUCUGCCUCCCGCCAAGUUAACGGCGCUUCCCUCACCUCUACCUUGCAGGCUCCCUGCCUGUGUGUUCUUUUUGACUCCAACCUUUCCUUCGCCCCUAAUUUCAAGUCGAUCACCAAAUCCUGUCGCUUCCAUCUCAAAAACAUAGCGCGCAUCCGCCCCUAUUUAACCCCAGAUGCGGCUAAGGUGCUGGUCCAUGCUGUUGUUCUCUCUCGCCUUGACUACUGCAAUACCGUUCUCAGUGGUCUUACGUGUUCCCAGAUUGCACCGCUACAAUCUAUAAUGAAUGCAGCAGCGGGGCUCAUUUACCUGUCCGCUCGCUGUUCCUAUGCCUGCCCGCUCUGUCAGUCCCUGCAUUGGCUUCCUAUUAGAUAUAGGGCUCAAUUUAAAAUUCUGGUGCUUGCUUACUAGUCCCUACAUAAUGAGGCUCCAACCUACCUAUCCUCCCUAAUACACAAGUAUGUCCCAUCGAGGCCCCUACGUAUAUGCUUUGUCCGUACUCCCACCUCUAAUGCUCGCCUGAAAGAUUUCUCCAGGGCUGCACCUCUUCUGUGGAACUCCCUUACCUUCUCCGUAAGACUUUCACCCAGUCUCCACUCAUUAAAAAAAUCAUUGAAAGCUCACUUCUUCAAGAAAGCUUUUUAAUUAAAUUGUUAGCAGGUUUUUAUCCCCCAUGACUCCUCUCCUUCAAAUUACCUACUUAGCCCUCCGUGAAUACUUUUCUAACAACCUACUUCGUACCUCUACUUUUAUCCUUUGUGUCAUUAUACCCUACUCCCUCUAGAAUGUAAGCUCAUUGAGCAGGGCCAUCCACCUCUCUGUUCCUGUACGUCCAGUUGUCUGAUUACAGUUACAUUUCUGUUAGUCAACCCAUUGUACAGCGCUACGGAAUCUGAUGGCGCCAUAUAAAUAAUAAUGUAUAGAGAAUACUAUAGCUACAGUAUUGCCAACACUACAAAUUUCCUUUUACGAUAAUGCCUCUCCACCCCAUAUAGAUAACUUUAGACAUAAAACUGAUAAAAACAUAAUGAAAAUAAUGGUGGUGAAAUAUUCACAGUUAUCAUUAAUGUAUGGUUCUAAAUAACCCAGAGGAGAAUAAGGAUAAACAGGCGCGAAAACGAUGCUCACAUCGUAGCAUAAAGGAAACUUAAUACUGGUCAAUAAAAAUACUUUAUCAAUAACUGAAUUCAUUAAAAGGAUUCUAUAAGUGCAAGGAAUACAAAGCUGUAAUUUUUGCAAUAUAACUCCCUCCUCCCUUGUGCUCCUCAGGGAAUAAAGGAUUAAAACACCUUAAUUUACCUAAUCCGCCGAGGUCCUGGGUUGCAGCUCCGCGACGAGCGCUAAUGCGCAUGCGUGGCAAAUGCGUGGCAUUUUAUAUAAGGUAAAAUAUUUUAUAUAUAAAUAAGUGCUCUGCAUGGAGGUGCUGAAUGUUCCUCAUAGAGAUGCAUUGAUUCAAUAAGGAGAUGCUGAUUGGUGCAGCAUUUUGAGGGGUGUGUGCAAUAGCCGUAAUAUCAGACAAAUAGCUGUUUUGGUUACUUCAGUCCCUAAGAGCAAACUCGUCAGGGACCUACACCUCCCAUAGAGAGCCUCACAGGUGAUGCACAAAACCCUCCAAAACUCAUCCUAAUCUAAUACAAGCAUACAACAAGAAGCGUCCAACAUAUUCUCAGUGCUGUAAAGUACCUUUUUAAAGAACCAAGUCAACUGAAUAGGUGCAGUUCAAUCUCCUCCUCACUUUAGAGUAACCAAUCAUGGUAAAUCACUACUCUCACAUAAGAGGAGGAACCUGUAGGGGUCAAUCAAGUCUCACAGCAUGUAUAUCUGGCAAUGGCAAAGCUUGUGUAAUUCUCAUCUGCACUGUUCUCUUGCGGGCCCUGUGGUGAUGCUAGAAACCAGUUUAUGAUGUCACUCCAGCCCCAUCACUAAACAGUGUGCGAGGGAGUAGUGCUGGAAGUGCACAAAGUUUACACAAGCCCAAAACUGGACUCCAGGGAAAGGAUCCACACUGGACCUCAGGGAAAGGAUCCACCCCAGCUCUCCCAAAAGUAGGGAGGCUGGGUGGAAUAAAAUAAAAAUAAUUUGUAAAUGUUUGUGUGAGAAAAUGUGUUUGUCAAAAAAAAAGAGAGUGUGUUUCAGUGAGUGUGUCUGUCAGUGUUUGUCAAAUAAGUGAGGGUGUGUUUCAGUGAGUGUAUCAUCUGUGUAAGUGUGUGUGUGUCAGUGUUCUCUGUGUGUAAAUGUGUAUGUUGGUGUUCUGUGUGUGUGUCAGUGCCCUCUGUGUGUAACUAUUAUAUAUUAGAAUUUAAAUUUUACUUUUAUAGUCCAUGCACUCCUCCUUACAUACAUAAUAUUCACAUUGUCAUAUUUAUUUUAAAAAUAUUCUUUAUUACCUUGGCUACUAGGCUUGUUCUCCAAUGUGGGAUUAACUUAAAUUUCUGUAUCGGCACAUCUAAUUUGGAGUUUAAAUCAAUAGAAAUGACUUUCUCAAGGUAACUUGGGAAUUUGUUUAGACCUGCAGGGUGUAGAGAGCAAAUUUAGUUAUUUAUUUUGAUGACUUUCCCGGGAUCAGUGAAUGCACCUUGAUUUAUAGGCAAUCCAUAUAUCAGUCUGCCCAAUCUAGUGACACACAAAAUAAGUUCAGGGGCCCCUGCCUCAAGCCUUGGGCAUAGUGUGCGCAGGCUCUGUGUAAUGUGUGUCUUGGGUGUGAGUUAUGUGUGUGAUAUCUUGUGGCCUGUACACAUAUGUGUGGUGGUGCUGUGUGUUCUGCCCACCUCCUGUUUACCUUUCUGCUGCUUGCCUGCACAAAUUCUAAAUUAAACAGAAUUUGCAAUAAAGGAAGUGUAAACAUUAGAUUACUUUUUACACAGAAUACUGUCUAAGUUAAAUGCAGGAAUGUGUGUCUAUGACUGAAUAAACAAAGUGAUUAAACUUCUAAAUGGCAUAUCAUUGACUUGUGAGACUGAAUGCGCAUGAUCCAUACACCAAACUGCUUAAUUAAGCUGACAUUGUUUUGGUGACUAUAGUGUCCCUUUAACUCUGAAUUGCUCAUAUGGCAGAACUUGAGAAAUUUGUUAACUUAGCAAUUGUCAAAAUCUAUUUUUCUUUUGUUUUAUACUUAGAAUAUGAAAUUUUUUUUUUUUUAAUUGAUGUUGUUGAUAACUUCUUUUUUCUUAGAUGGUUUAAACAUGUCUGAAAAAGACAGCAAUGAAUACCCCACGGGCCAAACAUUGUCCCCAGAAGAGCCAGGAGAUGCAGGCUCUACAGACCUCAAGGAGGAACCACAGGCAGAUAUUGAACCUGUUACUGUAACCCGUAAGCGUCCAGAGAGCAAGGCCAGCAGUGCAUCAAUAGAGGAGGAAGAAGAAAAAGCACCAGCGAAGCAAGAUCCAGUAAGUUAUGAUAUUUGCACUAGAUUGUUCAUCUUCUCUGGCCAUGUUUGGCUCAUUAAAUUUACCUUUAAAAAUAAUUGUCUUUAGCUAGUUAGCAUGACUUUAUGUUUUGCUCUGUUCGAUUGAUUCACAAUUGAAUGGGUUACUGUGGGUGUUCACAUUUUCUGUAGUCCAUUUUCCUUUUUUUCCUUCUUUAUAGAUAUAGGUAUGUGUUUACCUAUAAGUGCUGCAGUUGUCCCUAGUCCCCUUUCUUAGGUUGUCUGAGUGCUGCUUUACUUAUCUUUGUAACUAAAUGAUUACAAAGACAAUGUAAGUAGUUAAAGUGUUUUUUAAAGGUUUGACUUCUAAUCUGUGGUCUUUUGGGUGCUGCUCUCUAUCUAAUCCUGUAACCAAGUAAACAUGCAGAAGCCACACACAGAGAGAUGGAUGCAGGUUUACAUGAAGUAAGAGGUCUUUAUUAACAUACCGAUCGGGCCUCAUAUGAACUAACGUUCCAAAACAGGUCUGAGGUCCGAACACACGGAGUACAUGCUUUUUAUAGAACUAUAACUCCUCCCAUUAAUAGCUCCACCCGCACAUACCCUUAACCAAUCAGUGGACAGGAUUUAGAUUUCCUCAUAUGGGCAGACCACAUGGCUCAUCCGAAACAAAGGAGAAAGGAGUGUGAUUUCAGUUCCUGCAUUACUGCACAUGCUCAGUACAUUGAUGACAGUAUCUUAGCUACGUGUAACUAACUAACACACACAACAUACACAUAUGCCACGUGGAAAUCUCGGCCUACUAAAUUUACAUUUCACCGAAAUUCCAUCACAAGCCCAGCGACCCAUAUGACACUUUCAGUCACUGAGCUGGCCCUGCAUUACAGGGCUUGUAGAUUUCAGACAGGUAGGGAAUGGGUAUGGAGCGGCAAAUUAUCUUUUUUUAAAAGAGGAAUUUAUGAUUAAAAUGUUAUUUACAAAUCAGUAAUUAUUUCGUGCAUUCUAGCCUGCAAUGGUUUUACCAAUGCUAACUCACCAUUUCCCUUUGACAAAUUACUCUCAUGUUGCCUUUAAUGCAAAAUUGCUUAUAUUAUCUAUAACAUAUUUAUCAAAAGCAAAAGGUUUUUAUGAAAUUGGCUGUCUCAUAGAGCUGUGAAAAUAAAUCAGAGAACACUAUACUCACUUGUGAUGCAAAACCCAAAUGCUAAUACAAGUUAAUGUUUUCUAGAUUUAAUUUAAAGGAGCACUAUAGGGUCAGGAACACAAACAUAUAUUUCUAUAGUGUUAAAACAACCAUCUAGUCCCCCUGGCCCUCUCUUGCCUCCCUAAAUAUAGUAAAAUCUUACUUGUAUUCAAGCAUGAAGCUGCUGGUUUUGUCCCUGUUUGCCUCAGAACAGCAAGCUGCCUGCUGACAUCAUCAGAAGUGUUGUUCUGAGCCAAACAAUGCUUCCCCAUAGGAUUUACUGAGACUGUGAAGGAGGCAGAUCGGGGCAGAGCCAACACAAGUCAAACACAGCCCUGGCCAAACAGCAUCUCCUCGUAGAGAUGAAUUGAAUCAAUUAAUCUCUAUGAGGAAAGUUCAGUGUCUGCAUGCAGAGGGAGGAGAUACUGAAUGUUGUGAUUAAAACUAGGCAAGACCUGAGGUAGGAAGCAGCUCUAGCAACCGUCUGAGGAGUGGCCAGUGAAGUUAUCACUAGGCAGUAAUGUAAACUCUGCAUUUUCUCUGAAAAGUCAGUGUUUACAGGAAAAAGCCUGAAGUAAAUGAUUCUACUCACCAGAACAAAUGCAAUAAGUUGUAGUUGUUCUGGUGACUGUAGUGUCGCUUUAAAGCUCCCUUUGCACGGAGACAAUUAAUUAAAAAAAAAAUUAAAAAAAUUCUUAAGAUAAAAUGUGCCAGAUAGUACAAUGACUUUAGCAUCUGCCUGUUUUUAAAAUAUUGACCAGUCAUCAAUAUCUGAGUUGUGAUCACUGCCAGGGACGGGUGGCAGGGAGGCAUUUGCCCCCCAGGCUGCCCUAAAGCCAGGUCCAUCCACUUAUUUAAUAGGGUUGCCACUGUGUGGACGGUGCUGGUAUUGCAGAAGUGAGGAAAGCAGCAAGAACAUUGCAUCCUGAAUUAGCAGGUGUCUCUACCAGGUACCUGUGUUUAUUUUACUGUAAAUAUAUUCUGUACUUCAUUGCCGAUUAGCAGUACAUCCUUUGGGGAGGGCUCUGUCACACAGGAUCCUCUGCUGUUUUUUUAACCGGGUGUACUCCUCUUUCUAUGACUGCCUGGCCCCUACUUUCCUGAGGUCCACAUGCAGGCAGAGACUGGGCAAAGAGGGGAAGCUGCACAUGGAGGAGAGUGGCAAGGAGUCACAGUGAUCUGAAAGGAAGGGGUUUGAAAAGGAAAAGAGGCUCUGAGAAGGUAAGGAGACUGAACAGGCUGGGUUGGGUAGUAAAGUGAGUGAAAAGGAGAAGAGGCGCUUAAUAUUAAAUGGAGUUAGAGGGGGGCGGGGCUGGACCGCCGAGCCGGACGGUCGCAAGCAUGAGCAGCUCCUGCAAUUUAACGAAAUUUACUCUCUAAAAUCAUGUCUCACCAACCUAAAAUCAGACCGCCAGAGCAGAAACCCAGAGCUGCGAGACUGCUGGACCCGGGGAGAGGCUGGCUCACCGAGCUUCAGUCCCCCGAGGGAGAAAAACACAUUGCCCCAACCGGGGCCUUCUCCUGCGGUGAAUGGGGCGGACGGCCGCUGCCCCACUAUCCUGCACCACGGAACCCAGCCAUGGGUAUAGACCGGCGCGGAUCCGACUCCGUCCCCCCCCUACUGGGCCGGGGGGGUGAUCCCGACCGCCACACCUAAAAUGGCGGGCGCCAUGUGCGCAGACGGUAAAGGGAAUACCUGCUCCCAUCUCACGCUCAAGGCAGCUCAGACAUUCCGGACAUGCCGCACGGAGAGACGGCGAAACCAGCUCCAAACCUUGCAGCCACGCAAAACAAAGCUACACAGGCGAAUCAAGAGAGCAGGAUACAACGGCAUGGAGGCGGCCUCUACUGUGUGUCCCACGCAUUCUACCGCGGAGGUGCAGACACAGAUGGACGUCGCAAUCUGUGCACCAAAUUCAUGGCACAACAUCCACACCAUCUGCCUCUCACCUGGAUCUCAAGUUACCCGGGAGGGCUCGUGUCGGCAAUCAACCCGCAGAAGGAGGACUAAGUGGUGCCGGACGCCCGAACCAGAACCAGAACACCCACACACUACAGUUCUAGCGACCGGUCAGGAUAGACCUGCGGUAUACACCGCAUCAGAGGCGCUUGGAGGAGCGACCGGAUCACACAUGCUGGACUUCGGUUGCCCAAGGCCUGCCUCAUCCUCUGGGAGCUUCGGCUGAGCGGACUGGGGGCAAGCAUUAUAAUAACAUCUGCGAUAAAAAUAGUUUUGCUUUGAUGGUUUAGCCUGCACAUUUAACCGUAUGCAGUGUUAGCUGAAGCUCUAUUAACUAACUAUAGAGGUACUAAAAGCCUGAAGCUUCUAAAUAUUUAGCAUAAUCACUAGUGAUAGCUACACAACCACCAUGCAGAUAUGUAUAGGCAACUGCCAAUCUACCUCCUAAUAGCAUAUUCUGCAAUAGCAACACCUUACCUUAUAGCAUUAACCAUAUCUUAUCCUGCUCUGUCUAAUCGUGUAAUUCAUCUUUCCUGUUCAGCAACAUAGAACAACACCUAGAUAAGCGACAUUAUUAUAUACAAAAUUGUGCUAUACCCACUAAUGCCUAGCUACAGUCAUGCUAUGUUGAAAAAUGUUUACCUUAGCUGUUGUGGCAUUGUAAGCCAGAUGUGAAUUUUCUAUGCACAAAUAAAAUAAAGAAUAAAAAAAAAAUAAAAAAAAAUUAAAUGGAGUUAUUGAAGAAAAGUGGGGAAUGAAUUAAGUUAAAGGGGUCUAUUAUCAGAAACAUUAAUUCAUAUGCAUUUUUACAUAGGAUAAAUUAUUUAUAAUUCCCAGUGUUUGAAAUAAGAGCCAUUAGUACAGAUUUAAAGACCAUGAUACUAAAUACAUGUAUGGAUUUUAUGCUUUUGUUUUAUUUGUUGGUUUUUUGUUUGUUUCAAUUCAUGAUUUAAAUGUCCAAGAGGAAUGGGAUUAUUUAAAAGUUGCUCUGCUGAAGGCAACAGAAAAUUCCAUUAGGCUUGUCAGUAAAAGCAAAAAAUUCAAGAAACCACUGUGGUACUCCGCAGAUGUGGACAAAAUAGUACAAAACAAAAAGUUAGCAUUUAAUAAUUAAUAUAUAUAUAUAUAUAUAUAUAUAUAUAUAAAUAUAAAAACAGAGCGAGGAAGACAGAAUGAUCUACAAGAUUAGGCAGAAAGAGGCUAAGCAAGUUAUAAGAGCUUCCAAAUCACACACAAAUGAGAAAAUAGAAAGUAAAAAAGGAUGUGUUAGAUUAAAAACAAAAGAAAGAAGGUGUGUAGAAGAGGAUAAAGGUCUAGCUGACUGCUUCAAUUAAUAUUUUAAUAUUCAGUAUUUACAGAUGAAAAUGAAGGAAAGGGACCUCAGUUAGGAAAAAGGACAAAUUAGUCAUUUGUUACAUGUGAGUUUACAGAGGAAGAGGCUCUAUUUCAAUUGUCAAAAAUAAAGACAAAUAAGUCAGUGGGACCUGAUGGAAUACACCCAAAGUUAUUAAAAGAGCUUAGUGGUGUACUAGCAAAAAUUAACAGAUUUAUUUAACUAAUCAUUGUUAACAGGAGUAGUCCCAGAAGAUUGGAAGUUAGCGAAUGUAUUGCCCAUUCACAAGAAAGGUAGUAUGGAGGAGUCGGGCAACUAUAGGCCAGUAAGCCUUACUUCAAUAGUGGGGAAAGUAAUGGAAACCAUGUUAAAGGAUAGGAUUGUUGAACAUCUAAAAUCACAUGGAUUUCAAGAUCAGAGACAACAUGGGUUUACUUCAGGGAGAUCAUGCCAAACUAAUCUAAUAUUGAUUUUUUUGAUUUGGUAACAAAAAUAAUAGAUCAGGGUGGUGCAGUAGACAUUGCUUACCUAGAUUUCAGUAGGGCCUUUGACACUGUUUGGCACUGAAGGCUUAUUGAUAAACUGCAAUCUUUAAGUUUGGAUUCCAGUAUUGUUGAAUGGGUAAUGCUGUGGCUGAGUGACAGGCAACAGAGGGUUCUAGUCACUGGAGUAUAUUCGAGGCAUGGUCUAGUUACCAGUGGGGUAGCUCAGGGAUUUGUACUUGGACCCAUUCUCUUUAAUAUUUUUAUUAAUGAUAUUGCAAAAGAUCUUGAUGGUAAGGUAUGUCUUUUUGCUGAUGAUACUAAGAUAUAUGUAACCGGGUUGAUGUUCCAGGAGGGAUAAGCCAAAUGGGAAAUGAUUUAGGUAAACUAGAAAAAUGGUCAGAGUUGUGGCAACUGACAUUUAAUGUGGAUAACUGCAAGAUAAUGCAUAUUGGACGCAAAAACCCAAGGGCAGAGUACAGAAAAUUUGAUAGAGUCCUAACCUCAACAUCUGAGGAAAGGGAUUUAGGGGUGAUUAUUUCUGAUGACUUAAAGGUAGGCAGACAAUGUAAUAGAGCAGCAGGAAAUGCUAGCAGAAUGCUUGGUUGUAUAGGGAGAGGUAUUAGCAGUAGAAAGAGGGAAGUGCUCAUGCCAUUGUACAGAACACUGGUGAGACCUCACUUGGAGUAUUGUAUGCAGUACUGGAGACCGUAUCUACAGAAGGAUAUUGAUAGUUUAGAGAGAGUUAGGAGAAGGGCUACUAAACUGGAUCAUGGAUUGCAGGAUAAAACGUACAAGGAAAGGUUAAAGGAACUUAACCCGUAUAGCUUGGAGGAAAGACGAGACUGGGGGGAUAUAAUAGAAACAUUUAAAUACAUAAAAGGGAAUCAACACAGUAAAGGAAGAGACUAUAUAUUUAAAAGAAGAAAAACUACCACAACAAAUGGUCUUAACAUAGUCUUAAAUUAGAGGGGCAAAGGUAUAAAAAUAAUAUCCGGAAGUAUUACUUUACUGAGCGGGUAGUAGAUGCAUGGAAUAGCCUUCCACCUGAAGUGAUAGAGGUUAACACCGUAAAGGAGUUUAAGCAUGCGUGGGAUAGGCAUAAGGCUAUCCUAACUAUAAGAUAAGGUCAGGGACUAAUGAAAGUAUUUAAAAAAUUGGGCAGACUAGAUGGGCUGAAUGGUUCUUAUCUGCCGUCACGUUCUAUGUUUCUAUGAUCUCAGCAUAGAGUGUAGAGUUUGUGAAAUGAAAUGGAAGUGGAAAUCUAUGGUGUCACUAUGGAGUGCAUUGCACUCCAGUAUGUGUGAAUGUUUAGGUUUAUUAUAUAUCACACUGCAUAAAUGCUGGGGUAUAUUUGUUCAGUUUGUGUACAUGAAUGCAGAGAUAUAUUUGUACACUUUGUGUGCAUUAAUGCAGGCGUAUAUUUGUGCAAUCUGUCUGUGUGCAUGAAUACAGGGUUAUAUUUGUGCAAUUUGUCUGUGUGCAUGAAUGCAGGGGUAUAUUUGUAUAGUUUGUGUGAAUGAAUGCAGGGGUAUAUGUGUGUGAUAUGUCUGUGUGCAUGAGUGCAGGGAUUUUUGUACAGUUUGAAUGCAUGAAUGCAGGGGUAUUUUUGUGAUGUGUCUAUGUGCAUGAAUGCAGGCAUAUAUUUGUGAAAUGUAUCUGUAUGCGUGAAUGCAGGGAGAUAUUUAUGUGCAUGAAUGCAGGGGUAUAUUUGUACAGUUUGUGUGAAUGAAUGCAGGGGUAUGUUUGUGUAGUUUGUAUGAAUAAUGCAGCGGUAUAUUUGUGUGAUGUGUCUGUGUGCAUGAAUGCAGUGGUGUAUGGUUAAGAGUAUGCUGCCUGUCUGUAGAGAAUCUAUAACUGUAAUGCAAAAUACUACAUUACAUUAAUGCUAAAUUAUACCCAAACUAAUGCAUUAUCAGUAAUAUAAAGUAUAUAUUUUUUUUCUUUUUGAAAUUAAAUAAUGUGCCUCACCAAUAAUGAGGCUCUGUUUCUAGCUCUGACUGGCAACACUGAUACACAUAGAGCAUACACACACGAUUGCACAUGAACAUGGCUGCAGACAGACAUAUACAUACAUGUGUAACAUUUUUAUCAUAUUUACAGUAUCAAGUUUUUUGGGGGUGAGUUGGUUUAAAUAAGUACAGAGGGUGACACUUGCGAAUUCUGUACAAAGUACAGAUUAAGCAACAAAAAAAAAAGUUUUACAUUUAAGGCUAGUUAAAAUCACCUAUCUUAGCAAACAAAUAUGGGGAUUUAGUUCCACCAUAUGGCCAUAUUGUGUUCUCCCACCAAUACUUCAUAGAACCCCAAUUUCAGUGGGUCCUACACUAAUUCCAACAUGGGAGAUAACCAUGCUAACAGCAAUACUUACUGCUUAAACUGCUUCGAGAGACUUUCCUUAAUGUACGCUUUCCGGUGGCUCCUUAAAAUCACCUAACAGCAAUAAAUAUGGAGAUUCAAUUACACUAUAUGGUGCAACCCAUCCACUAUAGUGGUGGUAACCACAUGAAAGCUGAGGAGAGGAGAGUCUCUGGAAGCUGUUUAAGCUGUAAGUAUUAAAGUUAACUUGUUAAUUUCCCAUGUUAAAAUUAGCGUAGGACCCACCGAUAUUGGGAUACUUUAGCCCUGUAAAAUUUAAGACUUGAAUUUCUUUGUUUUUCUCUGUGCGCUGUUCCUUCAUUUGUAUUUUGCAUUUUGUUGGACUUUAUGGCAUCACCACUUCUUAGAAAUGAAUGUUCUGGGUGUGCAGGGUAACAGAGUGCAGUGUAUAUAACAUUUUUACUAGGUCCAUAGGCUCCAUAGUUCCCUUGCAGCAGAAGAGUUAAAUUGUCUGCAAUUAAGGUCAGAUGGCAGACUACUGUGGCUGACUACUGCAAAUAGCACUGGCCGCACAGUUCGACACUUUCUGCUAGUGUGGAAUAUGUUGCUACACCUCCUCCAGCUUCCCUCCUUUACCUUUCUGUCCAUCACUCAGGGCACACUUCUAGAAUGCCACUGAGUCCACUGAAUGAGCAUUCAGGAGAGCAGGCUCUUCUGUCCAAUCUACCCAAACUGCAGGACAAUCCCUACAUACCGCAAAACAAACUGGAAGCAGUUUUUAGUAACUUGGGUAAUUAUCCUCUUCCGAAUGUAUUUUAAAGGAACACUUUAGUGUUUGGAAUACAAAGUUGCAUUUUUAACACCGACAUGUUCUUCGGCCCCCGUCUCCCCCUCCUAGCAUUGUUAAGAGUUAAAUAAACCUUUAUUCACUUACCCGUAUUUAUUUAUUGUGAAACUGCAGUGUUUUACAUUCAGGACUAAAGGAGGCAGGGACAGUGCACCUAGACAACUUCAGUGAGAUGAAGUGGUCUGGGUGCCUAUAUUGUCCUUUAAUUUGCUCUCACAUUAUUCCUUGCGAUGUCACGCAUAUGUAAUAGAUUAUGCAAAUUAACUUGACCGGUAUUUAAAAAAAAAAAAUAUAUAUAUUUUUUUAAAGGUUGCAACCCUACAUCCGCAUCCCCCAUAGGCCCGCAGUGCUGGUAUUGCGGCUGCACGGGGGCCUACACACUAAGGUGGCCCAUACACUUAGGGCAACCCGAUGAGCAUAUUUCUGCAGAACCUUUCACAGCGAAAUGCGUUUUGGCAUACAAGAACUGCACUACCAUAGACUGAUAAGUCCCUUUUUAUUUUGUUUUUAUGUAUUUUUAUUCACCUUUGAUUUUAUAUUAAUAAUACUAUUUGGUAGUCAGUCCGAUUCCAGGUUCUGGAUUGGGGAGUGUCACCCUACAAAUUGACACCAGGCAUUUACUCCUUAGAGCCAAGGCACAUAUGGGCUCUUGUUAAGGUGAGAGUCCUCUUUUAUGAAGUGAUUUUAGCUUGUUAUAAACACAGACCUACCGCACCAUAAUCUCCUAUGUUUGCUUGCCUUGAGAUUCCUGUUUAUCCAACAAGGUGGGGUGCUACUUAUAACAGCACAGCUGCGUUAUUAUAGAGCCUUAUCCUCAGGCUCUGAAGAUUGUGAGUGUGUCUACCUUUAUUUAUUUUGCAUCUAGUAUAUUACAAAUACCAUCUGCACUAGAUUUGUUUUAUGUUUUUUUGUCUUUUAUGUAUCACUCCACAUCGAGAUUUAUAUUACUAUACAGAGGGGAAAGCUAAUAUCUGCUUGUCUAUUAUUCAGCGCCCCACCCACUGAUUAUUGGGUUUAUUCUGUUAAUCAUUGUUCUCUAUGUAUUUAUGGUGAGGGAAGAAAGGUAUCCCCUCACGGGUGUUUAAGAGCAGCUAUUCACACGUUGAUUUUGAAGCGCUACUUAUUGUUCACACUGAGCUCACUUGUGAGUGACUUCUGCUACAUAAAUUCCGUCUUAAAUAUUCAUUAAUAUAAAAAGCAUAUAAUUGUCUGCUAUAUUGAAUGAGAGUAGGAAAAAAGUUAAGUUUAUAUUUUACUGCAUUUAUAAUUUUUAUUCUUUUCUGUUUCAAGGAGCCAUCUGAGACCAAACCCUCAUCAGGAUGGGGCUACUGGGGAAAUUGGGGAAAAUCCUUGAUUUCCACAGCUUCCGCCACUGUAGCCACUGUGGGUAAGUAAUUGGAAAAAGAUCAUUCACAAUUAGAAAAAAACAAAGACUCGUGGAAGUAGAUGAACAUCUGCUGAUCAUGGGCGUCCGAAGGAAUUGUUCCAGGGGGAGGAGGGGCAUAAUUGUAAUGACAUGCAUGCUCGGCCCCUUUUUGCAGGGCUGGGCUGAGGAUACGAAGCAGCCCUGGAAAAAAAUGUAUGCCAGCCCCAUGUUAUUGUGCCAUGGUGUUUGUGUGUGUGUGUGUGUGUAUAUAUACACACACUACCAAAACGUUAUAAAAGCACGCAUCUUAAUGUCUUAUAUAGUUAUUUUUCAAUAUUCUCGCUUCAUCUUUAUUGGAUAAAUUUAUAUACAUACAUAUAUGCAGUUAUAUAUUUGCAUGCCCUGCUCUGCUUUUUUUUUAUUUUUAUUUUUUUUAACUAGUUUAUUGACUCUCCUCUGUUUAUUUAUUCUGGCUAUUCUCUGCCAACCUGCACCUUUCACCUUCAGGCACAUCUUCUGCUAUUUAUGACACCCCACUCAUCCCCCCUCCCUCUCCUUCUCUAACAUCAGUUGUUUUAAGUGUUAAACUCUAUCAGAAUGAUCAGUAUUGCGUCACACCUGAGGAAGAGAGGAAAACUCUUGAAAGCUUGUCUUUGAAAUAUUAUGUUAGUCCAAUAAAAAAAGGUAUCAUUACAUAUUGCAAUACUCUGGUAUUUUGUCAUCUUGUCUACUGGACUAAUACGGCUAAUCCAAACUACACUAUAUAUAUCACUCUCACUUGAAUUAUGAAACAUAAAAUGUGACGGCAGAUAAGAACCAUUCAGCCCAUCUAGUCUGCCCAAGUUUCUAAAUACUUUCAUUAGCACCUGGGCUUAUCUUCUAUCUAGGAUACCCCUCCUAUGCAUGCUUAAACUCCCUCACUGUGGAAUGCUAUUUCAUGCAUCCACAACCCUCUCAGUUAAGUAAUACUUCCUGAUAUUUUUAAACCUUGCCCUUAUUUAAAAGGACAGUAUAGGCACCUAGACCACUUCAGCUCAUUGAAGUGGUCUGGUGCAUAGUGCCAGGUCCCUUUACCCUGAGCAGGGGCUUACUGCAGUUCAAGAAACUGCACUAAUUACCUGCUAGGGUUAAUUCCACCUCUAGUGGCUGUCUACCAGACAGUCACUAGAGGGACAUCCUGGCUGGUAGGCGACUUUUGGUCCCCUAACUGGCGCCGGACGUCCUCACACAAUGCAUGGGGACGUCCAGCAACACCCAAAACCUCUGGUUGUUUUAGUUUUUCUUAUUUUAAAUAUAGUCUCCUCCUUUACUGUGUUUAUUCCAUUUAUGUAUUUGAAUGUUUCUAAGAUCCUUUAACCUUUCCUGGUAAGUUUUACCCUGCAAUCCAUGAACCAAUUUGGUAGCCCUUUUCUAAACUCUUUCCAAAGUAUCAAUAUUCUUCUGGAGAUAGUCUUCAGUACUGUGUAUAAUACUCUCACCAGUGCUCUGUAUAAUGGCAUGAGCACUUCCCUUUUUCUACUGCUAAUACCUCUCCCUAUACAACCAAGCAUUCUGCUAGCAUUUCCUGCUGCUUUGUUACAUUGUCUGCCCACCUUUAACCCCUUAAGGACACAUGACAUGUGUGACAUGUCAUGAUUCCCUUUUAUUCCAGAAGUUUGGUCCUUAAGGGGUUAAAGGGACACUACAGUCACCAGAACAACUACAGCCUAUUGAAUUUGUUCUGGUGAGUAGAAUCAUUACCUGUAGGCUCGUUGCUGUAAACUCUGUCUUUUCAGAGGAACUGCAGUGUUUACAUUACAGCCUAGUGAUAACUUCACUGGCCACUCCUCAGAUGGCUGUUAGAGAUCCUUCCUGGGUCAUAGCUGCCUAAAAUGCAUCCAAACAUUCAGUGUCUCCACCCUCUGCAUGCAGACGCUGAACUUUCCUCAUAGAGAUUCAUUGAUUCAAUUCAUCUCUAUGAGGAGAUGCUGUGUUUGAAUUGUGUUUGAAUUGUGCUGGCUCUGCCCCGAUCUGCCUCCUUGUCAGUCUCCGCCAAUCCUAUGGGGAAGCAUUGUGAUUGGAUCAGGCUACCACUUCUGCUGAUGUCAGUGGGCAGGCCUAAAGGAAAGUGACAAUGCAUGCAACUCCAGACUUGAAAACAAGUAAGAUUUCUAUAUUUAGGGAGGCAUGAGGAGACCAGGGUGGCUAGAUGGUGGUUUUAACCCUAUAGGGUCAGGAAUACAUGUUUGUGUUUCUGACCCUAUAGUGCUCCUUUAAGUCAUCUGACAUAAUUACCCUCAGAUGUUGAGGGUAGGACUGUAUUAAUAUUCUAUAUUUUGCCCUUGGAUAUUUAUGCCCAAAAUGCAUUAUCUUGCACUUAUCCACAUUCAAUGUCAGUUGCCACAGCUCUUACCAUUUUUUUAGUUUACCUAAAUCUAUUUGGCUUAUCCCUUCUGGAACAUCGGCCCUGAAGCAGCUAGCUUAGCACAAAGUAAUAUAAAAUAAUAUAAUGUGAUAUGUGUGUAAGUUUUUUAGGUCAGGGAUGUACGCUCAAAGUCAGCUUGCAAAAAGCCUUUAUUUUCACCUAUCACUUUGAGUUCAUUCUUUGCUUUAUCCCCAAUCUUUAUAAUCUUUAAAGCCAGUAUAGUGUCUCCCCUCCCCCCUUGUUUUGGGGGGGUGACACUUUCCCUUCACUUUAUUUUUACACUUUGAGUUUAUGCCUGUUCUUCAUUCAAAUUUUGAAGUAAACUGAAAAUUCAUUAUCUCCAUCUUGGCAUAAUUUCAAUUGUUUCACUGUAUGCUGUCACUAGUUAUAUGUUUAGUGGAUCUCUCCCUCUCUGGCAAAAUAGAUGACCAGAUAUAUGCUCAUCUAAUUUCAUAGAAACUGGCUAAAAAUCUCGUCAUUAAAUUGGCACACACAAGCUUUUCUUUUGCCUUUUAUACAGUAAUUUUAGAUAGUAUCUCCUCUUGCAGGCCAUGGGAUUUCUAACGCUAUUGAAAAAGCUGAGACAACUUUGGGGGUUCCCAGUCCUGUCGAGCUGUCAUUUAGAAGUCGAGUGGAGCCUACAGAAGGCAAGUAUGGUGGUUUAGAUGCCUAACGUUUAGAGACUACUGUCCCGAUACCUGAGAUGGAUGUAGGCAUUGUGGAAAAGACUAGAAAUUUUGAUUUUUGCAGUGAAGGUCACAGCAAUGGCAAUUUUUAGUCAACUAGUGAAAUAUACUGCAUUAUACUUGCUUGGUAUUUCUAUAUUUUACUAAACAUCAAAGUUAAUCCUACAUUGCUAAUUUUAUGCGAAAUCCCAUUUUUUUUUUCCAAUAACCAAAUAAAAGUUAUAUUGACAUGAGAACAGACCAUGUGUACAUUAAAUGCUUUACAUGAUAAGAAACAAAUAAUAUUUAUUUUAAGUAUCACAAUUUACCUUAUUUCUUAUGGGCCUGUUUUGAACACUUGCUAUUUAUUCAUAUGGUUUGAUGUUUUCUUCAUUCACAACCAAAGGGGCUGCUAUGUGUGUUCACUUUUUUAGAGGUCAAUUUUUCUUCUUUUUUUUUUUUGCUAUGUGUUUAAGAUGCAUAAUAAGUACUGUGGUUGUUCCCCUCCCGCCCCCCUUGCAUCCAAAUGUUGCUUUACUUUUUCUUUUUUUUUUCAAUUGAUUGUUUUAUUUAUAUUUAAAGCAACACUCCAAGUUGCAUAAUCACUAUUCUAUCAUGGUUAUGGUUCCAGAAAUGCCCUGUUACCCUUCCAGUGUAAGUAGUCCAAUGGUUUGCAAAUGUUUGACAACUUACUUGGGAACCAUUGGGUGUUUGUCACCUCCUCCUCUGCAUCCUGGACGCUGCAACACUUAGCUAAGCCUUGUGUAGCAGGACUUGGAUCACCUAUGCGAGCAAUCAACUGGCACUUUCAGCCAAAGAACCAACCCUGCAAUGCAGGGCUCAGCUAAGGAGACUUAAUGGACGCUCCUUAGGAGGAGACAACUGAUGUCCCACAGACACCAGGUAAGUUGUCAAGCCAUUCACAAAAUAUCUGAUAUAUACAUCUACAAUACCUGAUCUAAUUGUGGAUUAAAAUUACAAAGAUCGCAGUGUUUUAUGUUCAUUUUUAAUUUUUUCUCUACUCAACUUAUUUAUUGCAGAGGCCAUUUCAGGUGAAACCAGCAAUGCUGCAAGUGGUGAGAGUUCAUCCCCUAUUACAGGAGCAUUUGGCUUCCUCACCAGUAUCUCUACAGCAGUACAAAGUACAGUGAGUAUAGACAACAAACAGCACACAAUUUAAAGACCUCUGACCCACUAUCUGUCUAUAUCUCCACACAUGCUGGCUCUUAGGAUGGAAUAGCAAUUUCAUAAUGUCAUUUUACAAUGUUUUGCAAUAUAUCAAGCAGUGAAUAAAUGAACGUAAGAUUUAUAUCAGUGCUGUAAUAAUUCUAAUUAAAGUGCAAGAAAACCAAUCUUUUUUUUUUAUUGUACAGGGGUUGAUGCAAAGCGUGAUGCGUCAUUUAUGAUUUCAGCAGUGUUUCUCAAAAUAACACUGCCAGAAAAUGUACAAUUCUUUUAUGUCACCAGUUAAAUUUGAUCAGACUGCAGUGGUUGCACAUGAAUUUGGAGCCAUUCAUAGCGCUUAUUAGUGUCCUCCAUUACAGAAAGGCACUUAUGAAAAAGUAGAGCGCAUGAAUCAAAAUUGCUUUAUAUUCACAUAUAAUUUCAUAAGACGUUUUAGACAUUUCUGUUCUUUUUUGAUGUUAAUAUUAGAGUAGUAGUAUGUGUAUUGUUAUAUCUAUUUUAUUGAUUGUACUGACUAAUUUGUUGUAGGGCAAGACUGUCCUUACGGGAGGGUUGGAUGCCCUAGAAUUUAUUGGGAAAAAAACUAUGGAUGUAAUUGCAGAAGGAGACCCAGGCUUCAAGAAAACCAAAGGACUUAUGAACAGGAAUUCAACCUUGUCCCAAGUAAGCAUGACAUUUUCUUAACAUGACAACAGAUUUGCUGUCAGUGAGUAAUGACUGUGUAUUCAACUCCACUAUAUGGAGAAAACAAAACCCCAAAAAAUUAUUCCACACCUCCAUGUACAUGUAAACAACAUGUAUGCUCACCUGCCAAAAUCAGGGUUUGAUCUAAACUAAAAAUUCAACUUACUGUUUUCAGCUGAAAGGAAAAAUCUCUAAUAAGACAGACGGGAGUAUGGUUAUGAAACCGUAUAAAUGGCAAGGAGAAUUAUUGCUUUAAUGGUGACAACUAAACUUACACUUUAAUAGUUGUUAAAGUGUUUAGUAGUCAUUGCUGUCAUUCAAUAGUAGUAGGCAUUUGAGUUUAUUCAAUCUUAUUACAAUACAAUUCCUCCCAAUGGACAGUGGGACACUUACAUUUUUUAUAAUUCUUUAUUUUGCGGGUAUGCAUAAAUAUUGCUUUACAUCUUGUGAUGGAAAGAUAUAUGACAAACAAAAAGGUAUACAUGUUAGCGUGAACAACAACACAGGCAAUGUGUGAACCCUUUAAAAAAACUUAUCAAGCUUAAAUCCCUCGUGUCUGAUCCAUGUGUAGUGAAACUUCGGAUUGGAGGUUGCUUGCCAGGAACGAAAUGCUCCUGAUCUGUUAACAAUAAGAGGUAUGUCAAAGAUAUCUAUACUUUGCAAAUAGUUGAGGACUAAACCUCGAAAAGUAGGUUCGAUAUCUACUAUAUACAUCUAAUAACAAUUUAUGAAACUUGCAGCAGUGCUGGUUUCACCUGAAAUGGCCUCUGCAAUAAAUAAGUAGAGAAAAAAUUAAAAAUUAACAUAAAACACUGCGAUCUUUGUAAUUUUGAUCCACAAUUAGAUCAGGUAUUGUAGAUGUAUAUAUCAGAUAUCGAACCGACUCUCUUAGUGGUUAGAUGGUGACCAAUUAAGCCGGCUAGGUCAACUUUUGAACGUGCAGUAUAUUGCUUGUGCAAUUGAAGACGAGUAGUGCACGUAGGGACACUUACAUUUUAAGGGUGUGAAUGGGGGUUUGGCCUGAAGCAAGCCUGUCCUGACAAUUUUUAAGUGAUUAAUAACAAUUUAUGAAACUAAAAUGUAAUUUAGAGAAAGAACAAUGUAUUUCAUUUACACAGACUGAUUUGAGAACACCUUUAUGGUAGCUGUGGAGCUUUGUCAUACACUCAAAUGCACCAACAAAAUGGAGCUGAGCUCCUGGAAAGAGGGACAUUAGUAUAGGAAAGAGGGGCAGAUGGACUUAGGCACAAAAUAGGGAAUACCCCUCCUAAAUAAGUUUAAUUAUUUAGAGCCCCCUCCUGUUGUGCAUGGGGUGUCUGGGGUGAGGGCACUAGGUCUCUCUACCCAAACUAUUAUUAUUUAUGGCCCUUCGGUGGAGGUCAGGGAGAGGACACUAGUUCCUCCUCCUGAAUAUUAUCAAGAGAGCCCCCACUUACUGCCAAUGGGUGGAGCUGGCAAACCUGUGCAGGAUCUAUGUCACUAAUGAACAUUGCAUAGAUAGGAUAAAUAAAGAUAUGUGAGCUAAAUAAAGCUUGUUACCGAAGUUGACUUGUUGACUCUACAAUAUUAAAAAAAUAGAAUAACUACAUUAAGAAGGGUGCUGAGAUUUGUUUAUGGUCAUAGAUAUGUGUUACGUACACACACUAUACAUGUUUCAGAUAAUUUUUUGUUUUUAUUAGUCAAAUCCCCAAUCACAGACUCAUAAGAGGUAAGUUUGGAAGAGCACAAAGUGCUACUUUAUUUUUUUUUUUUUUUUUUUCAAUAUUGUUUAGAUAUUUCCCCUCUGGGAAGGCUACUCAUAAAAAUCCUAAUGGUAGCAAAUUCAAGUGGCAAUGCAUUGACAAAACAGCUUUUAUUUCUGCAGUCACAGCUUGGCUAUUUUUUGUCCCAAUUUUGCUAUUGAAAUUUUAAUUCAGUUGAUUUCAGAGUUUAGGGAAUAGCCGAGUCGUGUUUAUUAGAAUUAACACAUCUUCUCUCUCAGUGCUUGUUGUUUACGAUGUUCUUGGGAAAUAUUUAUACAAAAACAAAAAGCAACCUGUUGUAAUUAGAGAAUAUAUCACAGAGGCUAGCUACAUUUACUUUGCCAUUACUGGCUGUAGGGACUCAGGCAGAUGUCAUGUUUAAUUAUCUUGACAUUAUGGGCAAUAAUAUGGUUAAUAUCAAUUACACACAUUUAAUUUAUCAUAUCCGGUUUCUGAUUAUGUAACAGUCAGGAAGUAAGCCCUGUUAUUUAAUAUUAAUUUAUUCUCAUGAACUGUUCAGCCAACUUCAAUAUUAUUUUCUCUGAGACAGUUUUCUUUGCCAUGUGUUGUGUAAGCCCUUACAAAACAAACACUGUAUAAAACAUUAUAUAUUGUGCAUGUGUUUGAAUAGCAAGGGAUAGCUGUGUAGCUGUAGCUUGUUAGCUAAUCUCUGUUAACGUGUUUUUGAUCAAUAUUCUAUUUUUCAGUCUUAUGUGAUUUAAGAUGCGCUAUAUUUAAAUGGUGACACUAAGCACCAUGGCAAUGUAUGUUUGCUGUGCAGACACUGCUUCCCUGCACAUAAUAUCUUGUAACUGCACUGAUUUAAAGAAAUUCCUGCAGCCAUAACCCUGCUCAUUUUUAUUAUUAUCUCAAAGGAAAUGUUCUAGUUUCUUUUCCACUAUUCAAAUACAUCCAUAUUUUUAAGUACAACAUGUCAGCUGGGCAGGAGCAAAUCCCAGCAUCUCUUUUUCAUCUCUUGAGUGCUGUAGCCAUAGCUGCUUAUAUGCAUGGUUGGUGGUCAAGACAACACAGUGCACUGCCCUCACUAUCUACUUAUUCAGUAGUCCUACCAAACCCAGUGUUAAUUUUGUCAACGAACAAUUUUAGUCAAAUUUUAGUCGACUAAAAUGAAAACACAUUAGAUGAAUAAAAUACGACUAAAACUAGAAUGGCAUUUUAGUCAAAAGACUAUGACUAAAACUAAAUUGAAAUGUGCUGCCAAAAUUAACACUUCCCAGAGUGACUGUGGAAGGGGCAAAAGAGACAGACCAGGGCUUGGAAGAGAGACACAUAGAGGGGCUGGGAUGACACAGAGGGGAUGGGGAAUGGGCAAAAGAGGCAGAGGCUUUAACUAACCCCAUUAAUUUUUAGUUGUGUCAAGUAAAAUAUACUGGAGAUUAAGUUGACUAAAACUAAAACAAUUCAGAUGACUAAAAUACAACUAAAACGUCUUUUUAGUCAAAAGACUAUGACUAAAACUAAAUUGAAAUUUGCAGCCAAAAUUAACACUAACCAAACCAAAUGUUAUUGAUUCUUUAGUUUUUAGGAUGUUUGUCAGGACAGCCUAGAAACUUGCAUGUCCCACUGAAAAGCGGUUAAAGGGAUUCUGUAGUUAUAAGGAACACAAAGUUGUAUUGCUUACACUAUAGAGCUCUCUGCUCCCCUCCCCCAUUCCCCCUCACCAGCUCAUAAAGGGUUAAAAACUCUUUAAGCAACUUAACCAAUUCCUUCCAGCGUGUGUGUCCUUUAGCACUGGAUCAGCACUCCGCUUCCACCAAAGUCAUCAAACGAGAGGGUGGCGCAUGAGUGUUGAGCUCCGCAGGCGCGUUAGGCCCUCCCCAUAGGAAAGCAUUGCUUCAGUGCUUUCCUAUGGGAGUUUUAUGAACGCUGGAUGUCCUCAUGCAGAGCGUGACUACGUCCAAUGUCAGUUAGGCGAUUAAAAGUCGUUAACCCCCACUGAUUGACAGCCACUAGAAGCAGAAUUAGGCCUGCAGUGUAAUUAUUGCAGAUUCUCAAAAACGGUUUAUAUUGCAGGGCUAAGUUGGACACUGCACCCAGGUCAUUUCAAUGAGAUAAUGUGGUCUGGAUGACUAUAGUGUCCCUUUAAAUUUAGUGCUGGAAUUUCACGCUUGCUGCAGUUGUGUGAUGUGUCAUGCACUUCGGAUCUGUUUGGGUCUGACAUCACACACUCAUGCCUUCUGUAUAUUUAUUUGUGAAACCAAAAUUUCUUGUGGUCACAGAGGUGCACAGUAUCAUUGGAAAUUCCUUGGGUUUACCUGCAAAAUGCAGACCUGCACUGGAGAGUAAAAGUUUUAAUUUAUAUAUUAUGUAUUUAUUGCAUAGUUUGUAUGCAUUAUAUGUAAAUAGCCUAGUGCAAAUGGCCAUUAGAAAACUAACUGGUUCUCCUUAAAGAGUAAACUGACGUCUUACUGUCUCUGUCAAUGUCUACUCCACAUGUGCUUAUUUUGAUAUUUGAUCUCCAUGUCUCUUAUGUUGGUAAUGGUUGUAAAUUGCUGUUAUAGAAGAAAUGCUAAUCUACAUAUUGACAUGUUGUCCACAAAUGUGUAAACUUUUAAAGUUUACUAUAAUUAUAGCUAAUACAAUGUGUGGCUAACAUUUUGUUCUUUAUAGCAUUUCACUUAAAGUUGCAAUUAAAUAGCUGGUUUUCAUUUCAGUGCAUUUAUUUAUUCCUGUAGGUUUUGCGAGAGGCAAAGGAGAGAGAAGAGCAGCGUGUGAGUGGUGCAGUUGAGGCCGAGACUGAAGGAAAAGCACACUAUGGGCUAUUAUUUGAUGAGUAUCAGGGCCUGGCUCACCUGGAAGCAUUGGAACUGCUGUCCAAAGAGAGCGAGGCAAAGGUUAGCAGUGCUUGAAUAAUCAUCCUGACAUGCUUUUCAUUUAUAUAUCUUAACUCACUAGUUCUUAAUAAGCCUGCUUAUGUAAACGCUGUCACAGUCUCUCAUGUGCAAUAUGGCUUCAUAGAGACAAAGACAGCAUGCAAUGUAGCUCCCAUUCAAUUGGAUACAAGUAUAUGAAAAAUGCUAGUGAAAAUGAGUGGGGUUUUGUUUUGUUUUUUGUUUCUUUUUAUGAAUGAGAUUGCGCCAGCAAUUCUAUUGUACAUGUACAAAAAACGGUUUAUUAAGCAUUGAAUGGGGGUUUAUGUGAAAAGUACCUCUUACAUAGCCAGGAUUCUGGCUAUAUUCAUUUCCAGUAGGGAAAUGAUGCAGGUUUUAGUUAGUUUCUUAGUAAGCAAACAAUCUUUUUUUUUUUUUUUUUCACAUUAGAUGUUGCUUUUGUUUUUGCAGAGUUACCUUAAAUCAGAAACUUCAAAAAAAAAUUAUAGCAUUUGCCAAAAUAAAAAUGUUUACACAAAAGAAUGAUUUUGUUUGCAGUGAAGACGCUGCAGUGCAUUCAUUCAUAUUGUGUUUCCCUUAAUUGGAGGAUCAGGGUUUAAUUGGCCAUAAUCUGUUUCAAUAUUUCUCCUAGGUGAAGUCCAUGCUCAGUUCACUGUCUGGGGAAGAGCUUGCAAAAGUCAAACUGGAGCUAGAGCCAUUAAAGGAAACAUUCUCACUGGAGGAGUUUGAUGAUGACGAUGAGGUGGAAAAGGGUAAUCAUUUCAUCCAAGGGUCUUCAUAAAACUGCUUUUCAGGGUUUAAAGGGAAACCAUAGACAGUAUAACCGCUUCAUCUUAUUAAAGUGCUUAUAAUGUCUGGAGUCCCCUGGUACAGUCCUUCUGUUUGUAAAAUUUUUCAUGUUUAAUUUUAUAUGAGAAUCCCUAGCAGUCCAUCUCUGCCUUAGCCAUACCUUUAGUGGGGGCUCAUCUGUUGGUGGCCAGGGGACCUUAUUUGGAUAUAAACUGCUUGUAAAUGGUUUAACCUCGAAUGGAUUGAUCGUGCCAACCAAUUCAAAGAAAUGAAACCGUUAUAGUGCCUAAAGUGUAUAAAGAUUAAUAGAACUACAAAAUGCUGGAGAAUGAAAAUAUCUCUCUAUGGUGUUUGUGAUGAACUGUUGUAUUUGGUUUUUCGCCAAUGUGGCACUGUGCAUUAUGGCCAGGCAUCUCCACUUUGGUCUUGUCUGUCCAAGAGACUUUGUUCCAGACGUCUUGUGGUUUGUUCAGAUGUAACUGUGCAAACCUAAGUAGUGCUGCCAUGUUCUUUUUUAGUGAGAAACAAACCCUACUUGUUAUGCAACUCUUGCUUUUUUUUUUUUUUUUUUAAACUUCUAUGAGUAUUGCACGGUCUGACCAUGGGGGUGAAUUUGCUGGGAUGUCCACUCCUAGAAAAAAAUGGCAACUGUUUUGAAUGUUUUCCACUUUUGAAUAAUCAUUCUCACUGUAGAAUGAUGGUCUUUAAAUUGUUUGGAAAUGGCCUCAUAACCCUUUGCAGUGUGAUAGGCAAAAACAAUUGCUUCUCUAAGAUCAUUGUUGAUGUCUUUCCUUCUUGGCAUUGUGUUAACACACACACAUACCGUGAUGCUCCAGACCAGCAAACUGCUGAAACUGCAGUUUUUAAUGGAGAUGGUCACACUUGCUAAUGAUCGGUUAAUCAAGGGCAUUUGAUUAGCAGCACCUGUCUGCUACUUAGCGACUUAAUUCCCAUGGAAGCAGUAAGGGUGUACUUAGUUUUUCACACAUGGCUUCUCCAAUUUGGCUUUAUUGUUGUUAAAUAAAUCAUGACAUGGUGUAAUAUGUCCUGUGUUGUUGUUCAGCUUAAGUUGUAUUUACCUAAUUUUAAGUGUUAAGUGUUGGCGUGUAUUGUGAUGUAUUAAAUGUAGUAAGGAUGUUUUUGGUUUGGUAUAAUCCCUGCGAGAUGGAGAGAGACAAACUAUGAACGGUUAUGCUUAAAAUAGCAUCUUUGAAUGUAAGGGGGCUAAAUUCACCACAAAAAAUAUUUAUUCUGGCAGACCAUAGAAAAAAUACAUAUAUCUGGAAUUCAAGAGCCCCAGGCUGGCGAGUGAUAAGGACAGAUUUAAUCCUAAAGAUUUUCUAUAUAUUUAUAAAUCUUUCAUGUUAAAAAGAAAAAAAAGAGGGGUAGCAGCUAUAAUUUCAUCAAAAGUAGCUUUCAAACUAAUAUAUCAAGAAGUUGAUACUGAACAAAGAUUUCAUAUUUUAUCUUGUGAAAUUAACAAUCAAAAAUACAUUAUAGUAAACAUAUAUGCCCCUAAUAUAGCAUCUACAAAAUUUAUAUAUAAAAUGGUCUCCAAACUAGAAAGGGUUAAACAGGGGCAAAUCAUAUAUCUAGGGGAUUUUAAUUGUAUAUUAGAGCCUAAUAUGGAGAGAAACCGUUUAGGUAAAAAAGAGAAUAAAAACAUUUCAAAUAUUCCUCUUCAAGGUUUGGUGACAUUUUGAGAAAAUCAGCUUUUAAAAAUAUGUGGUGGAUUUGGCAUCCUAUUUAUAUUACUAAUAUAAACACAUAACUGUGUUUUUGUUGUAUGGUUCUGUGAUCGUAUAUUUAUAUGUAAACAUUUAAAAUAAAGAAUAAAUAUGGAAGGCUGUACUUGUGUUUAGCAAUGUAUUAACUAUCCACUUACUUCAGAUGGAAGAGGUUUUCAUCCACACCUUUUACCCCACCACAAAUCUGUUGGUAUGUACUUUACAAGUAACGCCAAGCCUCCAUAGCAAGCCAGUAACCAACCUCAUGCUGAUGAGUUGCAUUAACGAAACAGCUGUCCAUGAGUGGUUCACUGGCUUUGUUCCUCUUCCUGAGCUUUGUAUUUCAAAGCUGUCGCAUACAGCAGACACAUACUCCAAGGAAUCCAUGCAAAAAGUGGAUUUAUUUAUUUAUUUUUAAGCUCAUUUGCAUACACCUACCCAGAAUCCCUUGCAGCACUGUUAACCCCUUAAGGACACAUGACAUGUGUGACAUGUCAUGAUUCCCUUUUAUUCCAGAAGUUUGGUCCUUAAGGGGUUAAAGUGAGAUUUCUGUGGGAAGAGCAAGUCUUAUGGCUUUACUGGUGUGUGUAGUUGUGAUUAGCAAUAUAUUAACUAUCCACUUACUUCAUCCACACUUUUUUCCCCACCACAAUCUUAUUGGUAUGUGUGUGUGAAUAUAUAUGUAUUUAUGUGUGUGUGUAUGUGUAUGUGUGUAUAUAUAUAUAUAUAUAUAUAUAUAUAUAUAUAUAUUAAAAAAAAUUUUGCAAAAAGAAAUAUGACAUUAUUGCUUAGCUUUGUAAUUUCACCUGCAUAUUUUUAAUGCAAAGUGGAACUAUCAUUCAUUUUUAAACAUCCCAUUACCCAUAGUGUUGUGUUUGGCCUUUUUGGCAUGCUGUGUUAGUUCCUUUAUUACCCGUUGUGCUGUGAGGAGGCAUGUACUCAUAUCUUACUUUCAAAGCAGAUGCCCGCGCACAUGUAUUGCAUUCUGAUGCAAGGACAUUUCUAACAUGUAGAAGUGCUAGGAAGGUAGUAUUUCCACACGUAGCGCCACUACACUUCUUACCCCAGUAAACACUUAAAUUGUUUUUACCGGGCUAUGUGAUUGAAGAACAGUCAUAUUCAAAGAAGUGACAUUUCAUCUUUAAAAAUACAUCUCAACUUUCUUUUUGAGAUAUGAUUCAUCUGGAACAUUGCAAUUGUCAGAGUGUCAAACAACUUAGAGCAGGCUUUCGAAUGUUCCUAUACCUGCUCAGUAUUUAUUUUCAGUUAAUUGUUCUUUUUAGUAUUGACGAGUAUAAUUUGCCAAGACUUGGUUUCUUCUUUUCCUGUAACACAUAAUUUACAUCCUUCACAGGAAAUGAUGAUUUCGCCAAGGAAGUAACUGCCCUGUUUGAGGAAUUACAAAUCUCUGUCCGGCCAGAAAAACUGACCCGAGUGAGUGUACUUACUUCUGUGUACUCUGUCCUUAACUAACAAAACGCUUUUACUGUUAAACAACAUAAUGCUUUGGGGCCUGAUACUUCCAUCAUUAUGCUAUGACUUGCCUCCUCUUGCUAUUUUUCUUCUCUUUCUCCUACCGUACCAUGCACUUUUUGAUGAAUCUAACAUUCCCUGCCCUACAUCUUAAGUCCUCUUCCCUAGAGUCAAAAAUGUCUGAAUAUUCUCUCUUAAAUCCCCUCCCCACCAUGAAUCUUACCUUUCCCUUCCUUACCUCCAUCAUGAAUUUUCUGUCACUACUCCUUUCCUCCUCAUCGUGACUCUUCCCUCUCUGCUUCAAUGAUUCGUAUGUUGAAUCAGCGUACCUGCCCUUUAUUACUUAUCUUUUUCAUACCUUCCCCACUCCUCCUAUAAUUCUCAUCUCUAUCCAUUCCCCAGUGCCUUGUAUGAUUCAAUUAUUCAUCCUCUCUAUCCUCUUCUUCUGCUGUCCAGUAUCUUUCAUUUGUUCAUCCCCCCUCAUCCACCAUUAUACACCCUUUUAUUUCCUUUUCUCUCUUUGACCUGUAUCAUUAAUCUUUCCUCUCCUCCACCAUGCACUAUAGUAUUAAUCUUUCUUAUACCUUGCCCCUCCCUGUAUCAUUAAUCUUACCUUUCUUAUUCCUUACUCUGUACCAUUAAUCUUCCAUAUAUCUUGCCCUCACAGUGUCAUUAAUUGUCCUUAUCUCCCAAACCUUAUAAUUACUCUCCUCAGUUGCCUGUCACUGCACACCAUUUUGCUCUAAGCUAAGUACUGUAGAUUACAGCAGUCUGGACCCCUCUAAUAUUCUCAGAACACAUAUACCGGUAUGUUCUCCUGUUUACUGUUAUGCAUUGCUGCAUAAGACCACCAGAUGGCAGCCUAGCGUAAACUUUUCCAAGUUUCGCUUACACCUUAUUCUUUUUUUUCGUCAUUACUGUUUCCAUUUCGUAGCCUACAUAAACAAAUGUUGCCCACAAAUAUUUAAUCUAUUCUAACAUAUGAUUUAGUUUGCUUCAUGAUUGUAUAAUCCUAAUAAUUUACAUCUCUUGCAAUUUCAGGCACGGAAAGCAGCCUAUGACUGGAUGACAGAAGUAGAUGAAAAGGAAGUGGAAGGCAACGUGGAAGAGACUGAAGCAGAGAUUGCAGGGAAAAAUAAAAAAGCCACUGUUGAGGUAUACACAUAGCAAUGGCUAUAAUAUUUAUGACAGCUACACAUUUUAGGGUUGGUUAUCAACAACUGGGAAACCUAAUGGGGAAAAAUGCAUAUUUAAUGUUAACUCCUUCAUCAGAACUGAAAUCACUCACAGUAAUUCUUCUGUUUAAAAAACAAAAACAAAGAGAAAACAAAGAUUGGUUAAGAUUCCUUAGCUAUAUCCCGGAAGACACCUUGGGCAAUGAAGACUAAACAAAGCCCAGGAAUAUUCUAUUACCUUUAGAAAUGUUAUCUGUUUAAAACAUGGUAAAUGAUAACUAUUUUGUAGUCUCCCUCUUUUGAAAGGUAGAUGAAUUUUCCAAAUUUAGUCUAUUGUAAAAACAACUUUUUGUUUGUUGUAAAAACAACUAUUCUAUUAUUUUUUUCUUCUUCUUCUAUGGCAGGGAAUUCAUGAUUUGGCUAUCCGCAGUUUGGCAGAACUGACCGCCUGCUCUAUGGAGAUGUUCCAUAAAUCCGCUACGUUAAUUUUACAUGGAGAGAAGCAAGUGCCGUCAAUAUCAAGAGCAAAAGCAUUAUCACAGUAAGACAUCAUGAUCUUGCCAAUUUACCCGAGUCUUGUCAGAGUUAUUCAGUAAAGUGUGAUCUUUCCCAAUUUCAUAGUGAAUUUCAAAUUUCAUGUUAAAAUAGCCAAACUGAAACAAUAGUUACCAACGAUUCCAAAGAUAAAGCUACAACAUGAAAUGUUUAGCUUUAAAAACACACAUCUUGACUCACAAAUACACACACUCAGGUACACACAGUGACAUAUACACACUCGCACAUACACACAGUGUCAUAUACACACACUGAUGCACUAGGAUACGCACACUAGCAUACACAGACACGAACAUACAAACACAGUGAUAUACACUGGCACAUAGACACACACAUACUGACACACACACACACAGUGACACAUACACAAACCUUGACACACAGAUGCACACACUGACACACUCAGACACACAUACAAUCUCACUGACAAACACACAUACUCUUUGACAGACACACAGACAAACACAUAUUUACUCUCACUGACAAACACAUACACACUCACUGAGAAGCACACAUACGCUCUCACUGACAAACACACAUAUAGUCUUUGACAGACACACAAACACAUACAAACUCCCUAACAGACACACAUACAAUUUUUUUUAUUUUACUCCACCCAGCCCCCUACCUUUGGGUGUGCUGAUAUGGAAUCUCUAUGUGCCUGGAUCCAGUGGGGCUGCUGAGCGGCUGGCGAGCGGUUCCUGGGGUCCAGUGGGCUGCUGAGCGGCUGACGUGCGGGCCAUGAGGGAGCAGUAAUCUCUCUGCUCAGCUCCCUCGUGCACCUCUUAGUGAUGCCGGAGUGACGUCAUAUUCUGGCUCUGGCAUCACUGCUGUUAGCGCGAGGGAGCUGAGCAGAGAGAUUACUUUGUUAAAGGAGACUGUCACUUCUCUGGAAUUUACAUAAUUUAAUCAUACAUUGAAAAUCUAUCUAAAUAGAUAUAUACAUUUUUUCUUCCUGUAGUGUUAAAACCAAAACCUUUGGAAAUGCACAUCUGACCAGUAAAGCUUUUGUUUUCUUAGGUUUCAUUUUGCAAAUGUUGAGGAAAUAAUAAAAAGUUUUCCCCCAGUAAACUUUUACAAACUCUUUAAUUAGCAUGUUUCUUAAUUUUUACACUAAACACAUUUUAUGUCCAUAAUAAAAGUUACUUGUUUUAAAACAUUGUUAAUAGUAUAAUUACAUAUUUUAUGAAUGUUAACUGUGUCUGUUAUUUACUCCGUAUUACAUAAAACAGCACAUGUUUUUAAUAAAACUGAAAAAAAAGUGCCUGAAUGCUGACACAACGGAUUGACUUAAAAUGUGUAUUAGAAAGUAAUUGUUAAUAAUAUUAUUACUAUUGUGAAGCUUUUUUUUUUUUUUAAGCCCUCUCCAAUUUCGUUUUCUAACAGGGUUAUUCACUAAAUUAAGAAUUCAAUGUGAAUUAAAAGGGAAUUUCAAAUUUAAGGUGAACAUUCUCUUAAGUAGCGAUACUUUCAGUUCGGCUUCUCUGGCCUUAAACUUUAAAUUCACUUUGAAUUCUCACUAUAGUAAAUAAUCCUGUAAAACUUCAGCAUUUAAAAUCUAGUAUACUGUUAACAAUUUUGAUGUGACGAACAACCCAAGUCUGUUUCAUAAAGGAAAACUAAACACCCAUAAUGCACUUCAGCUUGCUCACUAUGUAUUUGCUGGCAGCACUAGCAGUCACCAAGCAAAUUGUUUAAGAAAAGCCUAUGUGUGUGUGUGUGUGUGUGUGUGUGGGGGGGGGGUCAAUAUGACCACCACAGCACUACAAAGGAGGUUUAAAACCUUCUCCAUGCCCUUAGUUGCCAUGCUGCAAGCUAAACAGUGAGCAGCCAGUGGCUGACUGCUGUAAUAAAAAACUAAUGACUGGGCAGCCAUUGUAAUGUAUGGGAUAGGCUUCAAUUUAAAAAUGGGGUUGGCAGAUCACUGUUCGCACAUUUGUUAAGAGGUUUUUCUUGAGUAGCUGUACCAUUUAUCAGGUUCAACUGCUAGAAUUUUGGCUGGCAUUAAUUCCAGUUUCCCUGCCGCCUGUGAGGGUUUGAAAGGUUAAUUUCAGUUACUUUUCUUAGUUUGAAGAACUGGUCUCACCACAACCUCAACGCCUCCCUGGCUGAGAUCAUCAAGAUUGCUAAUUUCUGCAAUCCAGUGCCUGUUCUAGGAACAGCAUUUGGUUGAGAACCAAGUCUGAUUCCAAGGAAGCGCCUCUAUUGACUACAUCAGGCAUAUUUUAUUAAAUGAUUGGAGUCAACCUUCAAUGGUUUUGUGAAUGGAGCAUAGUGACUGCAGCUCAAGUACUUUUACAGAACGCUGUGAAGGGGGUCCAGUAAAUGACACUUGUUUUACGGUUGGUGUGCUUUUUUCCCCCCAUCUGUUUUUGCAAAUUGCUUGAGUCCUUAAAUUAUAAAUACUGUUGGUAUAGAUUGUAGUGACAUUCGCAAUUUAAGAAAUCUAUAUGGGCCAAAUUAUGUAUGCAUUGGAAGUGUAUGACUAUAUAUUGAGUGUCUUCCAGCCUGGAACUGUGGUGUGUACAGAAGACUAAUCAAAGUCUUUUCUCUCCUUUUUUUUUCUUUCUAGAAUGACUAUUACACUGUGUAAAGAGUUGUCACAGCUUUCAAAAAAAGUAACCACACUCCUAACAACCACCGUGGUAAGAAAUCUUCUUUGUAUACAAUGAUUUAUUUUUUUUCAUAUAAAACCCGUUUAAGCAUUUAUUAACUUUAAUUAUACAUACACCACAAACAAUCCUUUUUGCUCAUCCACUAUCUUAUAAAUAUUUUUGAAUAUAAAAAAUAUAUAUUCGAUCGGAAUGAUCUUAUAUUUAUAUUCUUAGUGAAAUUACUUACAGUUUUGCUUUGAUUAUCCAUGUAGUUAAAAAAAGGUAUUUAUUCAGAGAGACUUUGGAAUGAAGUAAAUUGUAGUAAGUCUCACUAACCUACGCUAGAUUUUAAGAUCUCAAGGUAAGGCGUGUAGAUAUUAAAGGUGAUUUUUAAGCACAUCUAGGCAUGGCAAAAAAAACAUUCUCAGUGUAUUUGUAUAUAUAAGCUCACUCGGCUCAAUCAUGCCUAAUGCAGUUACUGAAUAUUAGAGGUAGGGAUUAUAUGAUAAUAUGCUAUUACAUGUUACAUUUUGUGCUUUAAGGAUUGAGUAUACUGACGUCACAUACUUUAGCUUUUAGAAUGGGUUAUAUCAUGUUCGUAGCCACUCAGUGUAACAAAAUGGAUGACACAUCAUAGAAUAGUGGACUGGAUAAGACUGUGAAACCAAUUUUAUUAAUUGUAGUUCUAUGAGUGUGAAUGAUUGCAUAUUUAGUCAAAGUUUGAAAUACUGGGAUGUGUCUGCAUGUGUGGUGUUUGAAGAUCUAUAUUUUUCUGCAGUGCAGAGUUUUAUUUGUGCCUUGUGUGAGUGUGUGUGUGCUUGGUGGUCUAACAGUGGUGUGCUUACUACAAGUAUGUGUGGCAGGUGUGUAUUUGUGAAAUGCAUCAAGUGUGAAUUUUAUGACCCCUCCCACCAUGCUGUUCAGAACUCUGCUUCUUGCAUGUUAAAUCUUUACAUAUGGUAAUUACAUAAUUUGUAAUUGCGUAACUGAGGUAAUCUGUGGAAGAUGGUUUUUGGAAAUCUGGAACUGUAGGUGGCAUUGUUCUCAGGAUUACAAAUUGCUGCAUCUACUGAGUAAGGAAAAAGGCACGUGAUGAUGCAACGUGACGCAGCUUGCUCUCGUUGAGCACUAAGCCGGAGGUUACACGGAAGUGCUGAGUCUUGGAGUGAAGCGGGGGAGUAGUGAGAUGCGUGAAGCAGUGGGAAGUAAAGUGAGCGAUACGAACCGGCAAAGCAGACACCUGCCCAGAGUUUUAAAAGGCAAAUUGGCGGUCGACGUUCACACACUCAGCGUGUGAAGGCUGCAGCAGAGUGGCGAGAGACAAGAGACGGGAUACACGAGUAUCAGAAGAAGAUUUGGCAGUCGAAGGUCACACACUUAGUGAGUGAAGGCUGCAGAAGAGUGGCGAAAGAUGGUAUACUCAAAAAUCAGGAGAGCUCAACACAAGGUCGGAACGCCAAAAACUGGGUGAGAUAAUUAUAUUGAGAAUUAUUAAGAUAACCCUGCAAUAAUAAGUAAAAUUAAACUCACAUCUAAACUCGCAAAAAAAAAAAAAAAGCCCAUCUCUAUAGAAAUCUUUUUUUCUUUAACAAAGAUAUCGGCAAAAAAGGUAAAAAAAAAAACGUUUCUGAUGUAUAAUAUAAGAAGAAAUAGGUGGUGGUGGGAAGGACGGAAAGAGGAGAGAGAGUAAUAAGCAAUAAUAUCCCCAAAAUCUAGUAUGGUCUCAAGAAAAACUGAUCAAAAAAAUGGAACUAAGAAGGAGGGUGAGAGAAAAGGACAGACUGUAAACAAGAGAAAAGACUGUCUAGUAAUUUGUUCUCACCUCAAUCCACAAAAGUAUGCAAUGAAAAACAAACAAUAGAAGGAAGACAAAAUAUAAGACAUGAAGAUUCAAUACCUGUCCUAGAAAAAUCAUGGGAUAUGGAUCAAAUAACAGUAACUCCAGAUUACUUGAAUACAAGACUGAAGAUGCUGUUCCAACAGAUAAAAUCAGAAAUAAAACCAAAUGUGUUAGAAAUUAAGGUGGAAAUAACAACAAUAUCCUAAAAUAUGAGAAAUCUGGAAGAAAAACUAGAAAACUUAGAACUACAGCUAAAAAUGCAAGAAUAUAAAGAAAACCAGCAAGCAAAACAAAUUACUAUUCUGGAAAAUAGAAUAGCAGAUGUAGAGGACAAAUCAAGACGCUGUAAUUUGCGUACAAGAAAUAUUCGGGAAGAAAUUACACAAGAAAAACUAUUAGAAUUCGUAGAAGAUUUUUUUAAGGACCUUGGUCUUGGAAUGGACAGAGAAAAAAACUUCUUGGAAAGAUACCACAGGCUAGAAAAACCAAAAGUGCUGGAAAACGAUAUACCAAGAGAUGAUAUUAUUUGCUGCAUUCCUACCUGAUGAAAGAAAGUAUACUUAAAGCAACAGGAAAUACAAGAAAAUAAGGAAAAAUUUUAAAGUAUUCCAGGAUAUCUCGUAUUGUACAAGGAAAAGAAGAAGGUCCUUCUAUCAAGCAACAAGCAUACUAAGGAAACCUAUCAGAUACAAAUGGGGAUAUAAUUGUUCGAUACAAAUAACAUAUGAAAAAAAAAGAGAGACUAAAAUGGUCAUGAGGAUUGCAUUGGUUACAAGAAAAAUAAAAGAACAACAUUGUUAACCCCUCCUUUUUUUUUUUUUUUUUUUUUUGCUGUUAUAUAGAGAGGAAGAAAGCCAAAGAGAAAAAUAAGAUGUUUAAACAGUCUUUGCAUAAUGUAAACCAGUAUCUAGUUGUUGGACUAAAUAACACAUAUUGAGUGUUGGCUAUAAGUAUAUCAGUAUAUAUAAAAUGAAUAAUUACAUCUAAAAGAAUAGAAAGGGAAAUAUUCACAAAAGCUUCUUACGAGUUACACAAGAAAGAAAAUCCUUAAAUUAGUUAGAGGUGGAAAAGAAAGAAGAUGAGAUUUGGGAAAUAUAAGGGAAUAGGGAAAAGACAUAUUUAUACGCUUGUGCAAAGGGGUUAGCAAUAUAAUGAUAUAGGUAAACUAUAUAAUUCACUUGGUGAGAGAAACUGAAAGAAUAGUGAUGGGGUAAUGAGCAACAAUUAAAAGAUAAAUUAAAAUAACGAAAUUAGAUGUUGAACAACACAUAAAGGAUAUCACUUUGUAAGAAAUUUAUAAAGCUACACAUAUCUACACAAAUAAACCAUGAAAGAGGGAAAUAAAGGGCAGGGGAAGAAGGGUAGGGGGUUUAAAAAAGGGUAAAUAAUAUAAAGAGCUUAAAGUGAAAGAAAUGAGCGAAGACAUGUUAUACAAAUUUUUGUUUAUCUCAGAGGUAUAAAAAAAAGAAAACUUUUUCUUUUCUUUAGUUUUUAAUAUACAUGUAGAGAAAGAAGGCCAAGAAGAAAAACAAGAUGUUUAAACAGCCUUUGCAUAAUGUAAAACAGUAUCUUGUUGUUUGACUAAAUAACACAUAUUGAGUGUUGGGUAUAUCUAUUACAGUAUUUAUAAAAUGUAUGAUUGCAUUUAGAAGAAUAGAAAGGGAAAAGCCACAAAAGCUUUUUAGGAGUUACACAAGAAAGAAAAACUUUAGAUUGGAUAAGAAGUGAAAACGGAUUCAUAUUCAUAUUUUUGUGCAAAAGGGUUAGUAAUAUAAUGAUAUAGGUAACUGUAUAUUUCACUUGGUGAGAGAAAGGGAAAGACUAGAGAUGGGGAUAAUGAGCAGCAACUAAAAGUUAAAACAAAAUAAUGAAAUUGGAUGUUGAACAAGACACACAAAGGAUAUCGAUUAGUAAGAAUUCUAUAGUUACACUUUUUUUCCCCCUCUCUCCUCCCUCCUCUCCUUUCUUUCCCGACACGACUUAGAUAUUUUUUCAGAAGAAUGGAGACAUAGUGACUGUGCCACAAGGAGAGAGGGGAGGGAAGAGGGAAAGCGAUAAGAAGAGGCAUAAAAUUCAUAUUUAAUUCAAUUCCGAAUGUUAUAUUUUCCCCUCAGAUUAGAGGCAGUGCUUGACAAAUGGGAUUUCUAAUCUGGAGGGAAAAAAACAGGCAGGCAAUUCCCAAAACUUUUUUAAGACCCUCCCCUCAAUUAACCACCUUCAUAUAAAUUUCUGCUUAUCCAAACAAACCCCAGUUCUUUGCCUGGCUUCGGCAGAGGAUGUUUUGACAGACAUUUCUCCGGGAAGCAUGGUGAGAGGGCUGAGGCUCGGGAGGCUCUGCUUCCAAUAGACCCCGGACAAAAGUUUAACGUCCGGACGGCUGGAUCACCGCGGCUUUAAUUGUGGUUCCCGUCUAUGCCGUGCCAGAUGCCGGACAAACAAAGGGCGCAGGUGUGAGCCAGCUGGGAGGUCCUGGCGGUGGAACGCACGUACAGGUUGCGUUGCGUUCCAUCGGGUAAUCACGGCGCACAUUGCACAUGCGCAAUGCGAUUCAAAUUCAGGCGCCAAAUCUGAACUCAGCCUUCGUUCAGUUUGGUUUCCAGGACUGAAAGAGGCAAUUUUACCAGCAGCAACCUCUGUUUGCCAGGUCCACUCAGAUCUGUUGCAAGUGUGUUUCUCACCUACCCUCCAACACACUUUAAGACCAUUUAAGGUAAGACAUUUGGCUUUUUAUUUUAAAUGGCUCUAGCCUGAAUUAAAAUGGGAAUUAAAAAGUUUUCCCUCUCUCUUCUCUCUCCUCAGCAUGUCUAAUCCUGAGAAUACAGAUAAAUCUGCAGAGAAGGGGAAAUGUUCAGCUAAAUCCAAGCAUUUAAGUUGCUCUGCAUGUUUCCAACCCAUGCCAAAUGGAUAUAAAAGGAAACGUUGUUCUCUGUGUUCCAAAUAGGCUUCGGAGGAAGCUAAGAAACCGGAAAUGUCCACAUUCCUAAACUGGCUCCAACAAAGCAUGCAGCAAACCUUUGUGGAAAUGCAGGUGGCAGCUAUUUGGUCUGCUCAGGCCUCUGUUGCUUUGGAUUUGUCUGUAGUUAAACAGGCUAAGAAAAGACAGAGAUCCUUGGAACUAUCAGACGUAAGCUCGGGUUCUGGUAUGUCUCAUUCUAGAGAUGAGUAUUCUAGUGAUUCAUCUGAUGAGGAGUUUGCCUUUCCAGAGGAAGCCAUUGGGAAAUUAGUAAAGGAAGUCCAGUACCUUAUGGAGGAUGUGAAAACAGGGAAGAAAUCAAAAGUUUUCCCAUUCCAUCCACAGAUAAAGGAUUUGCUUUUAAGAGAGUGGAAAUUUCCAGGUCGAAAGCCAUUUAUAUCAAAACACUUUUUAAAACUCUUUUUGCCAUGGAAAUGGAUCCUGACUGCCUGCUGGAUAUAGUCCCUUUAGUAGACGUUCCUAUAGCUCUACUGGGAAAGAAAACUACUUUACCUAUAGGUGAUUCAAGUGGUUUAAAAGAUGCUAUGGAGAAACGUAUGGACUCUUCUUUAAAGAAAAUAUUUGUAUCCUCAGCGGCUCAGGCAAAAGUUCUGAUUGCAGGUACCUCAGUGACUAAAGCUCAGAAACAUUGGCUGGAAGAAUUAUAGAAAGGUUUAUGCAGGUGAAUCUAAAAAAAUAUCAAGAUGUCAUCGGACUUUUUAGUAGAUUCCUCUUCAGAAAUUCUGAAGUUUUCAGCUAAGGCUUUGCGUCUAGCUACAGUAACUAGGAGAGCACUUUGGCUGAGAAUUUGAUCAGCUGACACUGCAUCAAAAAAUUAAUUAUGUGACCUUCUAUUUGAACUUGGUAGACUGUUUGGGUCAAAACUGGAUGAUCUGUUAAAACAGAUGAAGGAGGGUAGGAAGGGCUUCCCUGAAGUAUACAGGAAGCAGGUUUGGAAUAAGAAAAAUUUGGGGGUCCAACCUUCCUACAGAAGUUCCUUUCGAAAGAACACUUACAGGGGUCAACAAAGGAAAGUAUUUGAUUACAGAAGAAAAGAGAAGUUCACGGACAAGAGAAACAAUGUUAUGACGCCAGGCCGGUGGGAGGAAGAUUGACUCAUUUCCUUAAAUUACUGGAAAAGGACUACAUCGCAUCGCUGGGUUCUCUCUGUGAUAAAGAACGGUUACCAUCUGGAUCUAUCAGAGAUCCCAAAAAGAACAUUUAUAUGCUCCCCGGCACAUUCACCUGCAACAGAGAAAGCUUUGAUGCUAGAAGUAUCAAAACUCCUGCAGAAGAGGGUCAUAGAAGGAGUACCCCCUAAUAGAAAGACUUCGGGGCACUUAUUCAAGGCUAUUUUUGGUUCCACAGCCAGUCGAUUCGUUCAGGCCCAUUCUAGACCUCAAGGCUGUCAACAAAUUUAUUAUAAAAAAUAGAAGUUGCGUAUGGAAUCAAUAAAAUCCGCAACUCUUCUUAUACAACCAGGAAAUUGGUUUGUGUCUCUGGAUUUAAAAAACGCCUAUUUGCACGUUACCAUAGCAGAAUCCAGCAAAAGUUUUUGGGUUUGCUAUCUUCAUCCAAUAUGCAACUAUGCAUUACCAAUUCAGAGAACUGCCUUUCGGCCUUUCAUCUGCUCCAAAGGUGUUCACAAAACUACUAGUAGUCGUCUCAACAUAUCUAAGAGGAUUAGGCAUCAAUGUCAUCCCUUAUUUAGACGACUGGCUGUUGAUCGCAGAGUCAAAAGAACUGUCUUUAGCAAGGGCUUUGGCAAGUAAAGGAUGUAAGAACUUCAUCGAACUUCAAAGAACUAAAGACAGUCUGGAUGGCUCUCUUUGCUUUUCAGUUACAGAUACAGGAUCAGCAUGUACAGAUCCGGUCAGACAAUGCUACGACAGUAGCAUACGUGAACAAACAGGGCGGUACAAGAUCGACAAAAUGUUCCAAAAUCAUGUUAUGGUCAGAAGUACACCUUCUCUCAAUUUCAGCAGUUCACAUAAAGGGAAAAUUCAACGUGUUGGCAGAUGCUCUAAGUCGUCAACAAUUAAAACAAACAGACUGGUCUCUGUCACUCAAGGUUUUCAAUCACAUCACAACUGUUUUCGGUUAUCCGGAAAUAGACCUGAUGGCUUCCAGAACAAACAGGAAGACAAGACGAUUUGCAUCCCUGAACCAUGCAGACAGACCAGAAGUCAUAGAUGCCCUUUCAAUACCUUGGAAAUUCAACCUGGCAUAUGUGUUCCCACCGGUGGUUCUUAUUCCCAGAGUUCUUCAAAAGAUCAAGUUGGAAAGAGUAAAAAGUUAUCAUAAUCCUUCCCUGGGGGCCAAGAAGAAGUUGGUUCUCAGUUCUCCUAAAUAUAUACGGUUCCACUUUUUGGAAACUUCCCCUGUCAGAGGACAUACUGGAACACUCCUUGGUUCCGCUUCCGACUCUACAGAAAUUCAAGUUGGUAUCUGAAUUCCAGAUCUUAAAGCGUAAAGGUUUAUCUCCUGAGGUGACUAAUAUUUUGUUGGCUACUAACAAGGAAUCCACGUCUAAAAUUUAUUUUUAGAUAUGGAAGAAAUGUUGUCAUUGGUGUUUUAGGAUAAAAGAUAACCCUCUUACCGCUUCCAUCCAAAACGUUAUUAAAUGCCUUCAAUUGGGCUUUGAGAAAGGUUUAAGACCAGCUUCACGGAGCUUUGUCUCGUUCUUGGGGGGGUUUAUUGUAUGCUGUUCCAGUUCGACUGCUAGGAGUGUAAACCUUUCAUAUGGUUUUUCCUAUUCGGCUGUUUACAGCAUUCGUAUGGUUCUGGUUCGGCUGUUUACGUCAUUCAUAUGGUUUCCUGUUUGGGUGGAUUGGUGUCUACAGUAGAUGCCUGUAUAUCUGGAAGGGAAUAUCUCCUAAACGGCUGUUAACCCCUUUUAUGCUUGGGGGUGCCGUUACAAUAAGAUUAAACAAGGAAUGGUCCUAAUAGGGGGGAUUUAAAUAGUAUAUUUGAUUCAUAUUUAGAUAGGAUAUCAAGAUCGGGUACUUUGAUAAAUAAAAUAAAUUUAAACGAUGCAAAACAAUUCUCAAAGAUAGUUAAAAACAACAGCUUAUUAGAUCUUUGAAGAAUUUUCCACCUGGGGGAGAAAAAUUAAACUUGUUUCUCCAAAACACAGUGUUCUUACUCGAGAAUAGAUUAUCUCUUAGGAAAUAUAAAACUAUCCAACAACAUUAGUAAAGUAGAAAUACAAGACCUAUUAUGGUCGCACCAUAACGCUAUCUCGCUAGAGUUAAAAAAUAGUCUGUCUGAAGGAAAAAUAACUAAUUGGUGCAUGAACAACCUCAUUUUAAAUGAUAAAAAGGAAAUAGAAAAAGUAAAAGGGAACAUUAAGGAAUAUUUUCAACAUAAUAAGAACCAAGAUGUAUCAACGCCUAUAGUAUGAUGUGCCUUUAAAUCGGUUUUAAGAGGUCAUCUAAUAAAAAUAGUAACGCAAAUUAAAAAGAAAAAUCUAGCACAUCUUACGGAUUUAUAUUUAUAUAUCUCACUAUAUGAAAUUAGCAGAAAGAACAAGGAAUCUCCCACAAUUAUCGUAACCCUGAGGAUAGAGAAUAUAAAAAUUUUAAAAAAUCAUUAAUAUUAUAAGAGAGAAAACAUUUAAAAACCUGGAACAUAUGAGAACUAAACGGUACUGCAUAGGUAACAGUGCGGACAAAAUGCUAACAAAGUCAAAGGGCAAAAAUAAUAAUAACACAAGAUGGCCCUCAAAUAUCUCCUCCAAAAAUAGGAGAAGCAUUCAAUACUUAUUAUCAAAAAUUAUAUAAUAUCCCAGAUUUAAAUUAAGAUAUAAAUGAACCAUGUAAACCUAAUGAGAUGAAAACUAUUACAAAAGAACAACUUAAAGGUUUAAAUUUACCUUUCACAGUAAGAGAAUUGUCAUCAGCUAUAGACCUAUUAAAAAAGGACAAAGCUCCUGUACCAGACAGGUUCCCAAAUAUAUUUUAUAAGAUAUUUAAGAAUGAAAUAAUGGAAGAAUUGACUAUUGAGAUGCUAUAUGCGAAUAUCAUUCCCAUUUUAAAACCUGAAAAAGACCCGGAAUUAACAACUAUAGACCAAUUUUCUUGAUAAAUUCGGAUACAAAAAUGUAUGCAUUAAUAUUAGCCAAUAGAUUACAAAAGAUAUUUAAGAUUAUGAUCCAUUUAGAUCAGACAGGUUUUAUAAAAGGUAGAUGCACUGUAAAUAACAUAAGAAGAAUUAUAGAUAUCUUAGAUAGACAGAUCAGGAGUCCCAUUUGUAUCCCUAUCAUUAGAUGCCAAAAAAGUAUAUAAUGGGGUCAGAUGGGACUACCUGAAGUCAAUAUGCAAACAACGUGGACUGACCGGAUGGAUUUAUGGUGCAAUAUGGGCAUUAUAUAGAGGCCCUAAAGCAAGAACAAUGGGGGGGGGGUGAUAUCCUCAGACUGGUUUAGGGUGACCAAUUAAACUAGACAGGGGUGUCCCCGUCCCCUUUACUAUUUAUAUUGUCCAUUGAGUCGCUAGCAGAUGAUAUCAGAAAUAAUACAAAAAAAUAAAGGGUUAGUAAGCAAUAAGAAAGAAUACAAGAUAUCACUUAUAACACUGGAAGAUCCGACAUCAUCAUUAAAAGAAUUAAUUAAUUAAACAUUGACAAGUCACUGAUUUAAGAGAAAAAUCUAAGUGAAGACAUGAAAAGACAAAUAGAGAAUAAAUUUAAGUUUAAAUGGGCAACAAACGAGAUCCAAUACUUCUGUAUAAAGAUAACGAGAAACCCUAGAAAAAUAAUGGAGAAUAAUGUACUAUCCUUAAUGAAACAAAUUUAUAGACAACCUAAUAAUAUCAAAAAUUCAGAAAUACCAUGGCUAGGAAGAGUAAAUGUCAUUAAAGCUUAUGUUAUGCCAAAAUAACUGUUUUCCGAAUGAUACCUCUAAAAACAUUAAAACCUUGGUUAACAAUGAUUCAGUCAUAUUUUAAUAAAUUUAUAUGGGGGAACUAGAAUAAGUUUAAAAUAUCUUUAAAAUUUAAAAAUGGUGGACUGGGCUUGCCAAAUAUAUUUCAAUUAAAUGAGGCAUGUAGAAUUUCUCAUAUAAUUAAUUUAAGACAUGAGGCAAUAGAGGAACCUUGGUACCAAAUAGAAACAGCGAUUAUGGGAAUAAAUUACAUACACAAAUUUUUUUCUGGAAUUUAAAUAAAAAACAAGUAAAAACAAUGUCAACUUUAUCAAUAAUAAUGGAAAGGAUGCACCCAGUAUGGAAAAAUAUAUUUUUUAAAAGUUGGAUAUUCAAGAAAAACUUUUAGACAAUCUUCCAAUUGAAGUUAUAGAGAUUAAUAUGGAGAAUAUAGAUAUGAAAAAGUGGAAAGCAAAGGGGUAAAACAAAUAGGGAACCUUAUAAAAAAUGAUAUGCUAUUAUUUGAGCAACUUAAAAAAAGAUUGGAAGAUAUCCUCAACAGAAAUCUUUUCUUACCUAAGAAUAAAAAGUUUCCUAUAAUAAUACAGGAAAACCAAUCUAACAGAAAAAAAUAUAAUUUUUUGUUAAAUGAAGAAAAGAGCCAUAAAAUGAUAACUAAAGCAAUACAUGUAAUAUCUCUAUAUAUCAAUUAUAAGGAAAUUCAGGCAAUAAAGUCCUGGAAUAAAGAUUUACAGCUAGUAAUAGGAAAUAGAGAAUGGUCUAAAAUGCUGACUCAUACAAGCAAAGCCAUACACUGCCUAAACUUAAUAGAGAUACAAUAAAAGUUGGCUAAUAGGUGGUAUUAUGAUCCCUUAAAAUUAUCUAAAAUAUGGGGGCAGAGCCUGACUAGCAAGCAGGCAAGACGUGUCUUGCAUGAGCUCCUGCUGUUUGAGCGGUGUACCGGGGGAUUUCUCUGGCUGAAGUGCUGAAAAGCCUCCUCCAAGGACUCUAAGGACUCCUUCACGCAACUUUUGAUACCUGAACCAACGCCCUGAGAUGCCGGGAACCGAGACACCAGGCUGUGGCCUUCAAGAGACGGUGAGGAGGAAAAGCGGCCGAUUCGUCGCUCUAAACCACGGCACAUAUAAAAGCAGCUCUACCACCACCCCUCCCCCUUUGGACUGGAGGUGGUUUUCCCGGUCCCCACUGAACCCCCUCGAUGUGUAAUUGCUGCACUUACCGUCUGACAGGUGCGCUUCUGCCACUGCAACAGGCACUCUUUGACCCUUCAAAAUGGUGAAUGCAACGCCUGGUGCCACACAGGGUCUGAGCCCAUCACGGCAGCUGUACAGUGAUUCAAUCGAAUCCCACCAGGACAAGAUCUUCCAUACCUUCUGAUGGAGGCUGUUGGAGCGUAUGGGUAUAACUCCUUCUGAGAUAAAAGCUGAUAGAGGGAGACCAGCGGUACCAAAAAAGAGUGGGCCCCAGCAAAGCAAAUCAACUCUGAGCAAAUCAACUCCGAGAGGUUGCAUCUCCCUGCAUCAGCCACACAAGUCGAAGCUCACACGCCACGAGUGGCGUGCAACACCGAGAUGUACUCUUCCCCUAGGAUACACCAGGUUUGUGGAAUGUGGAUGCUGGAUUUCAGAAAGGCUUGGGGCUGGAUGGAUGUUCCGUCCCCACAAGGAACAGCAGUAGCCUAUGUGAACUCUCGCAUUGCCAUAUAAUUGUUAUAUCCUGUUUCUUAAUGAGCUUGAUCUAGCUAUUUUGGCAUGGCAAACCUCCAUGUAUUAUCACUGCACAACAAAAAUAAAGAAUUUGAAAAAUUUAUAUAUAUCUAGAAUAUAUCCAUCUAGAUCCUCUAAAAUGAGUGCAGAUACGAUACAUAUAUGGUGGUCUUGCCCUGAAAUAUGCAAUUUUUAACUGGAAAUAGAAGUGGACAUCAAAGAAACUAGAGUAUUCUUCUGCAUACGCACUCAUACACAUAGGAUGGCAAAAAGUAUAAACAAGAUCUAAUAAUCCAUACUUAUUAGCACAAAACUACAUAUAGCUUAACAUUGGAAAUCUUACCAUCCACCAAAGAUAGUAGAUGUAAAACUCCAAAUUAUAAACCAAUGCCAAAUGGAACAAGGGGUAAAUGAACACUUUCAUUUAAGUAACGAUACAAGAUGGAAAGAAUGGUUAGAAAAGAUCAAAAAGAGUAAUAACUUACUAAAAGACAAAAGGGAAAGGAAUAGGAUACAAUAUAUAUAAAAUAUAGUUAAAUACAUUCUAAAGGUAAAUGAGUUGAUGAAACGAAAGAUACAGGAAGAAAAUUAAGGAGACUGCAGUUGUGUGUCAUGUUCUAUGUUUUGCUAUACCUAUGUAUAUUAUUAAGGAGAGUACGAUGAUAAGGAAACAUUAAAAAAAAAAACAGUACACUAGAUCAACACUGGCAAAUAGGAUAAAGAAAUAUAUAGGCAUAGCAAUGUAUGGUUUUUUUGGUUUUUGUUAAGUAGGUACUGCUUUAAGAUAGAGUGAGACUUAUUAAAAAUGAAACCAUUCAUCUUUUAUAAAGCCCUAUAGGAACACCUUGCCUUGUAACUUAUCACAGUAUAAUAUAAAUGUGUUACUCAAGGUGACAAGAUGUUGAUAGUUUUAGGAAGGGAGGAAAGAAAAAAAAAAAAAGUGCUCAGGAAACAAUUGAGUAUCCCCCCUCAAAUAAUAUUUUUCAACAUUAAUGGCAAUGUCUUUUUCUAUACUUGAUGUAUUAUAUAUUUAUAUGUCCUGAUGAUAAUCAAAAAAAAAAAUAUUCAUAAUAUUUACUAUGGAUAGUAAGUUUCGAACUUUUGUUUUAUGUGGUUUGUCUUUAUGUAAUGUAUGUACAAAACAUUGGAAAAUAUAAAUAAGAUAUACAAAGAAGGAUUAAAAUUGUAACAUUGAGAGAGAAAUAACACCACCAAUUGCAGAUAUGCAGGAGACUCUGGGCAUCUAAUGGUGCCAAAAUUAAAUCUGGAGAUUUUCAAAAGGCCACUUGGAGUUCAAGCCCAGAUUAACACCACCAAAUAUUGCCCGUUAGCAGUGUAUUUGUGUGAAAUGUUUGUAUAAAUGCAUUUAAGAAGUGGUGGCAUAUUCUAGGCCAGGGAUAGGCAACCUUCGGCACCCCAGAUGUUGUGGACUACAUCUCCUAUAAUGCUUUUACAGCCAUAAUACUGGCAAAGCAUCAUGGGAGAUGAAGUACAAAACAUCUGGAGUGCCGAAGGUUGCCUACUCCUGCUCCAGGCUAUUGUGAUGCUUCAAAAUAGUGGAUUUAACAGUCCAAAUGGAACGAGACAUCAGUUCCCGUAUUCUAUAGAAAAGGUUUCUGUUCCUAAUAAUUAAUUGUUCUUUAAUGUGUUCAUGAAACUUUUAUUUCUUUAAAGUUAGAGAGAUAAUUGCAAUUAACAUUUCAUGUCCAUUUUAGGCUACAGAAAAGUCUGAUGUUCUAAACCCAUUAAUUACUGGAGUUUUUCUAGAGGUGAGUAUUGAUCAUAUUAGGAGCAUACCCUUCCUCUUUCUAUUCCUGGGUAACAAUGAAAUGACAGCUUCAGAGAUGGUGCAGUAUUAUAUUAUAUAGGAUAAUUAUCAGUUCAGUAACUGAUUUGAAACAGUUUGCACAUGUGCAAAGUCUCUUCAAUGAGAGUUUGCUCAUGAAUAUUAACAUCAGCUGUGUGAGAUGGCAUCUUGGGGGAGUAGGUCACUUCAAUAAAACUUAAAGGACCACUAUAGUGCCAGGAAAACAUACUCGUUUUCCUGGCACUAUAGUGCCCUGAGGGUGCCCCCACCCUCAGGGUCCCACUCCCGCCGGGCUGGAUGGCGAGGAAAGGGUUAAAUCUUACCUUUUUUCCAGCGCCGGGCGGGGAGCUCUCCUCCUCUUCGGCUGUAUGCGCAUGCACGGCAGGAGCUGCGCACGCAUUCAGCCGGUCCAUAGGAAAGCAUUCUCAAUGCUUUCCUAUGGAGGCUGGCGUCUUCUCAAUGUGAUUUUCACAGUGAGAAGCACGCAAACGCCUCUAGCGGCUGUCAAUGAGACAGCCACUAGAGGCUUUAGAGGCUGGAUUAACCUAUUUAUAAACAUAACAGUUUCUCUGAAACUGCUAUGUUUAUAAAAAAAGGGUUAACCCUAGCUGGACCAGGCACCCAGACCACUUCAUUAAGCUGAAGUGGUCUGGGUGCCUAGAGUGGUCCUUUAAUGUAUACAAAUUAGGUUUUCACACAUGACCUUAAAGGAAAACUAUGAAGUAAAAUGUUUUAAUGCACUUUAAAGAUAUUGGAUUAAAAAAAAAGCAUUUUACCCUUGAUGCACUAUUUAUUUAAUGAUUAUUGCAUACACACCUGUCCAGCAGGGGUUUAUGGGAUAACUAGUUUGUGCAGUUCCACUUAUGACUUUGGAUGAGUGACACUGUUCUAUAAACUAUACCACAGCUGCUAGUUUACUGACAGCUCUGGUCAUUAGUCUGCAGCUCUUGUUUCUUUCCUAGGAAAGAGAGAGAGAGAGUUCAGCUAAGUUGUGCAAGUGGCAUGCAUGCACUGAUGUGAAACUUGGACAAAAGUAAUAUAGACAGGGCUUUGGAACUCCUAUUGGCCCAUGCUUGGGACAGGCACCAAUUUUGUUUAUUUUUCUUUAGCCCCGUAGCACUUACCUUUAGUCUCUGGCUUGGAGCAUAUGGUCUGCACUUAAGACAGGUGCAGACUAUUUUAAGUGCUCCCUUGAUUACAGUGUUUGGUUAAUCAGUCAAAUAGCCCAGCCUAUACUCUCACUCACUGAGUUCCAGGACUGGAAGGAGUGAUUACUGUAUCCACUGGACCAUCAGGAAAUGCAGAGGGUGAGACACUAUACCCAUAAUAUUUCUCGUUGAUAUUAUUCAAAAUGUGCACAUGCCUAUGCAAGAUUAUUUUGGGCUGUCUGAUUGACAGCUCUAAGGGACAGGUUUAGAUGGGCUUCAUUCUGGGCUGUCUGACUGACAGCUCGUAAAAGAAGUCUUAGAGCUGCAAGGAUUUUUACAAAUCACUGCAUUUUUUGGGCCAUUAUUAGAGCUGAGAGUAGACAUGGGCUGCUCUAUGAACAUCACCUUUGCAACUAUGCAAAUUUGUAAUUGUGCAUAGAGAAACCCUUUAAUAUAAUUCAGAUGCUAAGACUCCCAUUACUGUGACCAAGCUGUAAGUGAAGAAUUCUAUAGAUACAAUCCUACUUAGAUCUAUUCAUUGCAUGCAUUAUUCAAACUGAAAAAUAUGUGGUCAGAAGUCCAAAAAUAGUGUGCAAUCUAUUGGUAUAAUCCACCUUUUCUAAUUUAUAGUGUUUUCUUUUUAGGCUUCCAACAGUGCUUCCUACAUCCAAGAUGCAUUCCAACUUCUUUUGCCAGUCCUCGAAAUAUCUCACAUCCAGAGCCAAACUUAA